AUGUUCACAGGUCUCCUGAAGCACACACCUCCUCCAGCCUCCUCUGCAGCAUCCUCCACCUCCUCUGCCUCCUCCGCCUUGGACCAAAACAGCAACGCACAAACUACAGUUCCCACAAUCCCACGGGGUCACCUGGUCGUGGGCCCAAAGGACCAACUCCGCCUCCUCACCCCUGUGGGCAGUACGGCGACGUCCAAUCACUGCACGGUGUCCAGGGCCCACACUGCCAGGCUCUCGGGGGGAGGAGGAGCCCCCAGACCUCCCUCCUCCCUGAGCGAGGAGGACGAUGGAGGAGGAGGAGGAGGAGGAGGAGGAAGGGCGAAGAAGAAACGGAGGAAAAAGGACAAGAGAGAGCGGGAGAAAGGAGGAGUGGAAGCGGUGGAGAGAGAGAGGGAGAGCAGCAAACCAAAGAAAAGGAAAGAGGCGAAGGUGGCCACGGUGGUCUCAAUGAGGAGGAGCAAGGAGCCUAAGGAAGGGAAAGAAAGGAAGGAGAGAAGGACAAAAGGGAAGGAGGGGAGGAAGGAGAGCAGGACAGAGCAGAAGAAUGUGACAGGGGGGAAAGGUGGAGGACAGGUGGUGCCUCCUCAGGCGCCUGUGAAGGUACCUGGGAAACGAGGCAGGAAACCUAAAAUCAAAGUCCUUCCUCCUCUACCUGCGAAUCAAGGUACACACUCACACACACACACACACACACACACACACACACACACACACACACACACACACACUUAGGGGUCUGAUGUUGUGGAUAUAGGUGAUGAUUUCUAAGUGUUGGUGUGUUUUUGUCUCCUCAGGUGGAGUUUUCAGGUCUCACAGUAAUCGUCCGUCCCCCUUUCUUAUUCUUAAGGUCCUUACACACCGGGACCGUUUUUGUCUUGCGAUCAUUUCGGACGUCAGUAUUUUUUUCUGAACCUGUAUCCUGUCAAUACAAGCGUUCACAUCAGCGACAUUUUCCCAUUCUGCGACAUUGUGGCAUUUAUUUUUUCAGAUCAUGGUCGGUUUUUCUCAAUUUUUGUAGACUGUGUGUCCACUUCUGACCAAUCAGAUUGAAUGUUGUUGCGACGUCAGAUUCACCGGUAUAUCCAACAUAUCCGACUGGCUGAUUGUUUACGUGUCAGAGAACAGAGUGCAUUUUGAUAAAAGACACAAAUAUUACAAAGAUAACAACCUGAAGGACAACUUGUGGAGAGUCGUAGCAUCGAAUUUCUCAUAUGACGAUGGUUUGUGUGCUUUAACAGUUUGCUAAACGUCUUUGUUUUAACUUUCAUCUGUGCUAACGUAAGGUAACAGUUGUUACCAUAGCUUAAUGUGCUUAUCUGGUACCGGCCGCGACUCAGUACAUGCUAUCAUGACAGGCAGCCAUCUCAACACUAGUGUCUAAUCAGAACUGAAAACAAUCAGCGACCGUGGUACAGUUUCAGCUCCUGAACCAAGCAGUGAAACUCACCAAGUUCUCUUCUUUUUUGUAAUAUCGGAUGCACCCAUGUGCUACGUUUCUUUUUCUUUUGAGAGGGCAAAAGGAGUACCAAUUCGCCAUCACUUCAGUCAGAGGCGAAGGAGGUGGGACUUUCUCCCGGAAAAGUCUUCUCCGGGAUGCGUCUUUUUCCCCCCGGCAAGUCGCGAAAUUGUAUCGGGCUUGAUGUGCACAGUCAGGCGCGUCAAAAUUGGCCUCCGAAUAUUCCGUGAUUUCGCAUUCUACAUUCGUGUCGGCCCCGGUGUGUAAAGACCUUCAUUCUGACAUUUAUAUGAAUCUGAAGACCUCUGCCUAAGAGUCUGAGAGUCUGAGAGCACCUGAAGGCUCAUGUGAUAAUAAAACGUCUGAAAUGUGUCGGGGAGAAGGAAAGGCUGUGGAGUGCUGGGGGUCAGAACAAAGAGGCUCAAACAGGAUCAGAGUGAUCAUGUUGCAUUAGGAUGUAAGACUGAAGACAUCAAAUCACUUAUUCAAACCAAACCUGUCAUAAGUUUCUCAAAAGUCCAGAAAAACGUCUUAUUUUAGAUAUUAUAGGUCCAAAACCCCAACUGAAUUACUUGUAAAAAAUCAGCCAAUGGGAUUCACCCGUUGACUUCCUCCUCCCUUUUCUUCCUCCAGCACCUCCUCAUCCUCCCUCUACCCCAGGUCUCCCCCCCAAAGUCCAAGUUCAGAUCCACUCAAAGAAUCAUGGCCCGGCAAACAGCAAGACUCCGGGUCCGUUGGCGCCGAGACAGAGGGGCCGCAAACCCAGGUGAGAUAUUUAUAUAAUAUUCACAAGGAGGGACGAGUUUGAGAUUAAGGACAGAGAGAAACCCUGAAGUGGACACUGAUGAAGUUAGGAGAGUCAGAGGAAGCUGAGUAGCAGUAAAGCUGUCAUCCUCUUUAAAUUACACACUUCUUCUCUGAGCUGCUCUGUAACACAGAUUUUAUUCUCAGGCUGUAUUUUUGUUUUAUUAGAGAUGAUGAAAAGAUAGUAGUGUAGCUUUAUUUGUGCAGGGACAACAUCUGAGCUCUUCAGAGGAGGGAUGAAAAUGUUGUGUAAUGUUGGACCAGUGCAGGAAUAAAUAGGCACUUAAAUAUCUGCAGGCUGGACUGAUAAGGAAGAAACAAACACAUGAAACUUUCUAAAGAGUCUGUAGACAGAGAGGAGUUAGUGUUUUUCUCUUUUGCACAGCUGCAGAGUGCAAACACAAACUUUGUGCAUAAGUUUAAAUGACCUUUAUCACACUGUUAUAAUAACAAUAGACAGCCAAGGCUCUCUGUUUGGAUGCACAUAACCUCUCACUCAUCACGCUUUGAAUCAGGAUCCAAAAUACGGCUCUGAAAAGAAACGUCUGCAGCUGAACUGUGCACAGGAGAAUCUGUUGAGUUUUUUAAACUUUAACACUCUCUGCAGACUUAGAUUUAAUAAUUCUGAUGCUACUGCAAGGAUGAAACACAAAGCAGAUAGUAUCCAGGCUCCUUUUUCACUCUGGGAUCUGAUGCCCGGUUGUGUAAGAACUUCAUUUCUAUUUUAGCGUGCAGGUUAAGUUUUUACUGUCUGUUUUUACAGCAGAUCAGACUCAAACUGUUGUUAGUGAAUAAAAUCACAUGAAAGCUUUUUUGGUGAACAUUUUAAACUCAGAUUAUUGUAUCAUCCACCUUACAGCUUGAACCAAACCUGGAUGUUUUGUUUCAGUGUGACUCUUUAAGGCUCCAGUUCUUGUGUGCGAGAAACCCUGGUGGGAUUCUAAAAGACACACACUCUGUCGUCUGUAUAAGGAUCUGUCUUCUGCACAAAUCCUCUGUCACUCCUUGUCUGUCUGCGCCUGAACCUUUGAAUAUUGUCGUCCUCUCAUACACUGGCUCUGUGUUUUCAUUUCUUUAUUUUUCUGUCAGCUGAGAGCAAAAACAGAAAAAAGCAGUAAUCACUCUUUUCUGUGUUUUAAUCUCACGUUUUCAUCCUGCAGACAAAGAGUGUAACUGUUGGAAAUGUCCUCUUUAAACGCAGAUAUAUGGAUAAGAGCUUUAGACAAUAAUCUCAGGGUCUGUAUGGAGAGCAAAAGCAGGAGGAGCACAGUCCACUGUAGGGGUGGGUGAUAAGGAAAAAAAUUAAUAUCAUGAUUUUUUUUUUUUUUUUUUCAAAAUCACGUUCACAAUUUUAGUUAGUCUUAUAGUCUCAUUAAUAAUAAAUAAUAAAACUCACUCGAAACUAAUUUACAAAACACAGCAGAUAUAGAGCAUUGUCUUUUCUUACUCUCUCUUUUUUGGCUGGUAAUUUUUUUUAUUUUUUGUUCACAACUAAACAGUUUAAAAAUCUCCUCUUUCUUCACUCCUCUCUAUCUUCCUCUUCACUCCAUUGUUAUAUUGAACGUUACAUGUUUUUGUUGUUGUUUUUGUUAAUUAUCAAUUAUCUCACCAGUCACAAAGAAUUCAGCAAAGCUCCCCUGCUUCUUUUACACCUUACUGCUCUGUGCUAAAACCUGACACCCAUAGUCUGGCUACAUCCUGGCUCAUUUGCAUACUAAACAAUGAUUGAAUGUUUACUGACUGAGGGGGAGUGGUGUGUGUGUGAGUCAGCCUGAGAAGAUGUACACGCAGCAGAGCGAAGGGAAAGAGGAAGUGAAUUCUGUAUCUUGUCCUUUUUUUGGCAGAUUUUUCAGCCACUGAAGUUACCUUUAUCAACGAGUAACACAUUAAUCCUGUGGGUAUAUUAAAAUGUGCUCUCUUAACUUCUAAAAUUUUGAUUUGAGAGGGCAGGAAAUUUAUUUAGACACAUGUUAGGGACACAAUGUGCACUACAGAUGGUUCUAGGAUCUCUGUGCUUUGGCAUAUUGUUGUCACUCUUUAACCCUUCACAAUCUUUUCUCUAUAAACACAUAUUUACAUGCAGGUCAGUCUGGUCUAGAUCAGACAUUUACGCUGAGAUGGAGCGAGUAACUAAAGCCGAUCAGCGUCAGGACUUCAUUGAAUGCAUCAGAAAUAAUGGAUCUGAUCUCCAGUCAAAAAACAUUUUAAAAGCCUUUGUUUCCUGACAAUGAUCGACUUUUUACUUUGUUAUCCAAGCAAACUUCAAAAGAAGUCAGUUUUGUUUUCAGGUAAACCAGCUGAAGAAAAUAAAGAGAGAAAAAAGCAAGGCUAUGAUAUGAGGACAAUGGCAGAGAUUUUUGGAGGGAAAGGAAGUAAAAAAAAAAGAGGGAUGAGUUUGGAUUGAAAAAGCAGAGGUGGAGAGAUGCAGAGGGGCUGAUAGAACAGAUGGAGAGGGGUGGCUGGGAAGGUAAAAAUAGAGAGAAAGCGACUCCGGUUCAGUCCCAGGUCAGGUUCAGUAUCAGGUCAUGGUUUGUUCAGAUUACAGCCGACAGAGGCAGAUAAAAAGUUCUCAUGUGGAACUGUUUGAGAUCAGCAUCAGUCUGUUUCUUUGUCUUUUCUCUCCUUUCUCUCACUUUGUUGGAGUUUCAGACCCAGUGAUGGAAACGAUUAAACUGGAGGAAAGGCUGAAGUUGACCACGUGCCCAAAAAGAAACUUACUUGAAUAUUAAAAAUAACACAAACUUUAGAAUUGACUCUUAACUUUGAUUUUAUAGCUCAGGGUGACGUAUAGAAACAGAAAUACUGAGAGUGAUUUCGUGAUUCAGACUCACAGAAAAAGUUUUUUUCUCUGAUGUGAAUUAGAGACUUCAGACUCAUGAACCAGUUCAAACAGGGGUCAGACAGAGUUCAGCAAAGUGACUCAUCUGCAGCCGUCUGGCUUUGAGGAGGAAAAUGAACUCGAACAAACACAGAGAAGAGAGUCUGAGCGCACGUUUUAUUUCAGCUCAGAUGUAGCUCCUCCUCCAUCUGUGGUGAAACCAGAUUAACUAACACAAAAUACAAGUGUUCAGAUCAUGUCUAAGUAUUCCUAAUCAGAUCUCUAAAGCUCGAUGAAGAUAAUGUUUUCAGAUUGCUGUUGUUUUCCACAGAACUUCUGAUCAUUAUUUUCCACUUAACAGCAAUCAAUUCAGAUCUCAGUGAUUUGAUCAAACCCUCCGAAUAGGCUGUAUUGGCUGAGCGAGAUCGUGUUGGUUCGUUCCACUUCAGUGGGUCAACAUAAACUGUGAUUCAUAAAAUUGCUCUAUUGAUAGUAAGUACUAAAAAAAAUAUCUAUUCAUGCCAUCCUGUCGAUUUUUAGUAAUCAGUGUUUCGGUGUCGAACUAUUUCCUUUCUGUGGCGUAUUGAUACUUGCACACGUGCAAUCGAAUAUGCAUAGGGGUGAAGCGAUUUUUGUCACGUGGACCAAUAGGAGCCGAGUCUCGUUGCCAUAGUAUCAGAAAUACACAAACAUGGCGACGAGCGCAUCUAGCAGCGAGACAAGCGAAGAGGAAGAAAAGAAAAGGAAAAAAGAAAACAGCCUUCAAAAGUGCAUAAAAAAGGAACAAAACGAUGCUAUAUGCAUCUAUCAUCUGUCCAGAGUGAAGACAUUCUCGACUUUACAAGGACACGUUGGGAAACUUACAGAACUAGUAUUAGAAAGUCGCUUUCUCUACAGGGUGAGACAAAGGACCUUGCAGAAACUUGUAAACAUUGCGUUGAUAUCGAGUUUGACAAUGUUCCUGAUGAUGCUGGGUUUCACAUGAUAUGCUACCAGCGAUUUAUUUGCAAAAGGUGUUUGAGAAACAAGAACGUGAUGCAGCCACGGGUCAGUCAAACCCUUUAGGCAGCAUCGCCGAUGCAUCCACGUCCACGGCAUCUGAAACUCCGUGAAAGAAACUUCGCUCAAGGUCAUAGGCUGUAUUGGGACAAAGGAAAAAGUGCCUAGAAAGUGAAUUUCGUUCCACUACGCUGGUGCUACUUGUUCAAUGCAUUUUUGCAUAGACAAUACCAUUCUGGACUUUGGGUUAAAAUAUCUACUCAGACUAUCUGUCCGACUUUUGUCACCAGCCAGAAAUGUACAUAUAUGUGAGUAACCCAAAAAACAAUGAUAUGGUGCUGCUGUUUUUUCUUAUAGAAACUGCUAUGUUGAUUCUGGCAAGACAAAAUCUUUCUCAAAUGUCAUAAAUAAAUCUUCCUAACAUCUGAAACAGUUAUUGGUGCCUUAGUAUACGCAUAAAUGAAUUCAGAUUAUGAAAUGUAGCAAAUUUCUUGAAGAAAAUGUCUCAACUCAAGUGAUUUGCACCCAGCACAAUGAAAUAUAUACAGUAAAUUUAGCUAAAAGCUUAUGUUUCAUACAUAAAAAUGACACAACCUACUGUGUAAUAAAAGCAAUAAAAUAUAAACAGCACAUCAUGGCCAUAAAUGGCUGAAAGUCAAUCAAAUUGCUACCACGCCCCCCAAAAUUGAAAUAAUGGAAAAAAUGUAACAAGACAAAAAUAAAUGCACAAAAGAUCUGAAUUAAUUCAAAAUAUGGUAUAAAACAUUUAUUCAAGUAUCACAGUGUCAAAACAUCUGACAUUUAUCAAUCCCUCUAGAAUAUGAAAAUAAAGAUCAAAACACAAACGCAGACAAAUGUAGAACAAAUAUAAAAGUAAUAAAAAUCUCAAAUCUCGGUGUAGCAAUCCUUUACACAAAACAAAUUGUAUAUGGUGACAGGGUGCGUAUAUUACACAUCACUAUCACUUUCAUCAGAGUCAUCAUCCCAUACAGCCCUUCUUCUGUUUCCUUUGAAGCAUUCUCACAUGCUUGGCACCGACAUAAAUCUGUACAAGAUGGUCUUGCAGGGUUGCAGGGAUGGUCUGUGUCUGGCGUGGACUGUGCACUCAAGAGCGUCUAGAGCCGCAGAGCCAAACAGCUCUCCAGGUUCCACUGGAACGCUGUGGGGGGGUUCUCCUGCAUGCCGCUGUGAGAGGAGAUUGUGCCAGCCAAACCUGGCGGCGAGCUUGAAUGAGUGUGGACAUCAGCUGCCCAAGUUCUCUAGACAUCAGCACAAAUGCUUGUAAUGAAGCGUCACUGAAGUUGUGGAUGGAAGGAUCCACUGUAGCCUCCUGCAGGGAUGCUGAUAGCGCGAGCAGCAGGUGGGACAUAGAAUCACCUAUGCGUCCCAUUCGCACUGCUGCAUCAUAAGCUCUGGAAAGCAGGUCGUCCGUAACCCGACACUGGGGACAAGGACACCUAGCAUCUAGUCUCAGAGCUUCAUCAGGGGAGAAAAUGAGAGCAUCUAUAGUUGGCUCAAUUGCUGCCAUGCGACCAGUUAAUUUAGUGGGGGCUGAACCACGCCUGAAAAGGCGUUAGUCGGAGUCGACUGGGCUUGUGGUAAAUCCAACUGUAGACAGGCCAGGGCCAUACGAAUGAUAGCUCCCAGUGAACCAUCCUCAGAGCCACCAGUAGAGCUGUGGGUUAUUGAACAGGAGCCUGCCACGGAAGCACGGGAGGCAACAUCCUGUGGGACCACCUCUGGCUCAUAUUCAGCAAAGUCAGUAGCCAACGCUGCCGUGGAAAGCACACCAUCCUCCGGCCUCAAGAUGGCUACCGGAGGAGCAGGAGCACCUGGCACCUCUGCACCAGUCCCAGACUGGAAGGCCAAGAAGAGGGAUUUCAUGUUUUCAAGCUCUGCCGUUAAUUUUUCCACCUUGGAAGCAAGGCUGGACCCUAUAACCUUCUUCCUGUGGGUGGGGCCUGCGGUCUCAGCAGCCCAACACUUAGAUUUGCCAGACUGAGUAUGAGGCAGUGGCUGGGCUGGUGUCAAAUGUUCGGGCAAUGGGUCAAGGCCCAACAGUUGCUCUACCUCAGCUAGUCUGGCAGCCCUUACUGCCUGGGGCAUGAAGCUACAGUUCAUGCAGGCAUCGUCAGAGAGAGCCCCCUUCAGAUGUUUAAGGCCAAGGCAUGAAGGACUCAAAUCAUGGCCAUCUUUAGGCUGCAGAGAAGCCAUACAGGCCAAGCAAGAAUGGUUGCAAAACAUAUUAACAACCAGUAAAUUAAAACGGGAGAACAACAGACACUGGGAGAGGGAGCGAAAACACAAAACGGGCACAAUCGAGUUGGCACCACAAUAUACAAACUAAGUAGGCCGAGGGCAAACGCCGGGAACAAUUAGACAGAAAAAAGAAGAGUAACCAAACCUAAGCUGGGAACAGGAAAGUGCACACUGCAGUCACCAACGAAGUACAACUCAAAGGCUCAUGCUAAUGUGUGUGAUUGAGUUGUGCCGAGAAAGGGAGCGGAAAUGCUUCUGUCACCACCAAAUGAAAGUACAACUUAAAGUGAUUACAAUAGGUUGUACCAGUAACAGCUGCAAGCACCCGUGAUGCCAGCUAAUCCAAAAAACAUUUGUGGUGCAAAUGCUGGGGGAGGAAGCGAAGUCACCUCCUUCACCAACAAUUGAAAAUACAGCACAAUAUCUGCGUAAUGUACAAAUGCUGAGAAAGGAAGCAAGGUCACUGUCUUCACCAACAGUUGAAAAUAUAAAACAAUAUCCGCGGUAACUCAAAAAGCCGGGAGAGGAAGUGAGGUCACUGUCAAACUACAACUGAAAGUGAGUAUAACUGGUUGCACGGAAGAAUGUGCUUAUUUGUAAUAAGAGAAAGUAAACUUAUCCCACUGAGGACAAUGAGCAGAAGCAGAAGUGUCCGCGGCAAACAACAAGCUUCUCAGCUGAGUCCAUUGCAGCCUUUGGAGGGCGAACAGCGAGCAGCUCUGACAAGACAUCACAAAGCUACCAGCAAUGAGGGAAAAUAAUAGUCACUAAGCUUGAGCUAGCGAGGUGACAUGUUUACCUGCAAAGCGAGAAGAUGAAGACGCCAGAGGGUUCUGGCGUCUCAGAAUCCUUGUGCUCUCGCGAGAAGAUUCUGCAGGAAUAGAUCCUCUAAUGUUACUGGAAGAUAUAGACUGACCAGGUCAUCAGGGGUCACACGUGACUUUUUUGGUAUAAACACUCGACCUGUGCAUGUGCGAGAUGGAUUAAAUCAAUGCUCUUUUAUUUCAUAUUAUUAUUGCUUUUCUGCUUUUUGUCUUGUAAUAUUUGAAUAAAUUUGUUGAACUCACUAAACAAAGAUUAAAAAACAAGAGGAUUUGUUUAUUACAAUAACAGUAAUAGACCAACAAAGAAAGUUAUGGAAGUAAAAAAGGUGAAAAUAAUUAAAUGCUGCAAGGAAUUUGAACAGGAAAUGAUGAACACUCAGACUUGACAUGUUAGCACAAGUAAAGUUUUGAGUUUAUUAGGAAACAUUAGAAAAGAAAGUCAAAAUUCAUUUGGAUUUUAGCCUAAAAACAUUUUUUAAUUUUUUUAGGAUUUAUUUGCUUUUUCCUUAAUUAUAUUUUGUGUUUGUGCUCAAUAUUUUUGUGUUUUAAGAUUUUUUUAUUGGCGUCCUUAAAUGUUUGUGUCUUCUUUUUAAAUCUUAUUUUAUUUUAAUUUUAUUUUACUUAAUUGAAUAAAAUCAUAAUAAUGGGAUACAAACUCCACAAACAAGAACCACAAAUUGAACAUCAAAAAAAAAAAAAAAAAAAAAAAAACAGAUCAAACAUGAAUUAAACUUUAUACAUGAAGACAGAUAAAGACAAAAAGAAAUGUUUGUGUCUUUGACCUUCAGGGUCACCGUACGGAUGACCUGUUAAAACUUCAAACAUGCAUGAAUAACAGUUUGUGUAUGAGUACAUAAAUCCUCAGCUGUGUUUGUUUGUGCAGCAGCAGAAAAACAUGUUCCUGAUGUAACAGGAUAGUUUGUUUAACUUUUAAAAACUUACAUUUUAGUCUGAAUUGAACUUGUUUUCAAACCUGAUGUUUGAAAAACUCUGUGAUCUUGACAUAGACUGCAGAGACAAACACAAAGUAAAGAAGAAGACAAUGAUUUUCAGGAUGUUGUUUUUCUCAGUCCUAACCUGCUCUCCUUAAACCCUCCUCGAGCUGCUCUGUGGAGUUUCUAUCCUCUGCUUCAGCUGGGAAACUCUGCUGUAGGCUGCUGGAGCUGAUAAUUAAUGCUCUUCCUCUUUUUCCUCCUCUUUCCUCCUCCUUGCAGAGAUCCUGGCGUGGCACCGGUGGAGAAGAAAAAGAAGGGGAAGAGGAGAAACCAGGAGGUGGCUGUCCAGGAGGGGGCGGAGAGUGACGACACUACCUCAAUGUCGGCCCUCAACAUGGGAGGAGACGACAGCCAGGACCCCCUGGAUAAUGCUGUGAGUGAACUGAAUACAGGUUUAGACCUGUUCCUGUUCUAGGUUCAAACUGUACCCCCAUGAGGAUCCCCAAUAAGAAUCAAGGAAGUUAAGGCCAUAACUUUUGAACUUUGUCUGUUGGUUUUAGAAGCGGCGUUCAGGCCGACAGGUGAAAAGGAGGAAGUAUAACGAGGAUCUGGACUUCAAGGUGGUGGACGAUGAUGGAGAGACGAUCGCGGUCCUCGGGGCUGGUCGGAUCUCAGCGCUCAACGCCACAGCUCUGGCGUGGCAGGCCGAGGUGAGGAAAGGCUUUGACUUAAAUUCUGUUGGACUUAUCUGUGCUUAUAAAAGUCUGGGUUAUUGCCAAGUUCUAGCCUCACUUUCUGGUGCAGGUGAAUGCUGAGUUUUUGGGUCACAUGUCCAUCAAAGAGACACCUGUUUUAAUUGGAUAGUUGCUCUCUGGUAUAAACAUGGUGUUCAGAGUGUUUUAGAGUUAAAGCUCACCUGUGAGGUGACAGAGUUAAAAACACUCAGAUGUUUGCCCUGACUCCCUCUGCACACUGACCUCCAUUUCUUCAGUCCGAUCAUCUUCUCUUCAUCUUCUCUGUGCUUGUGUCCUUCAGGAGCCGCCUGAGGACGAGGCCAACAUCAUCGAGAAAAUCUUGUCGGUCAGAACAGCAAAGAAAGAGGUGAGAGAGAGCAGACACACACACACAUACACACACAAACACACACAUACACACAUGCACACACAUUUUCCUGACACGAAUGAAUCUCUGAGUCUCUCUUUCACCGCCUCUCGCUCUCUCUCUCUUUCUUUCUCUCUCUCUCUUUCCACCCUCUCUUCCUUUCUCUCUGUACAGACUUCUCCAUCAGAGGACCAAGCCGAGGACAUGGAGGAGUUUUAUGUCAAGUACAGAAAUUUGUAAGUCUGUCUUUAUAACUUGAAGGUUCUGGUUCUGGUUCUCUUCUACUCUGGUUCCCUUCUGUGUGUAAGACGGGCUGCAUGAAUCAAAUCUGAUCUACAAAUCUAUAAGAAUGUGGACACUGUGAAAACUGUUGAUAAAGACGGAGUUUGAUGGUUUUCCUGCUGUUUGAACACGUGGUUGGUAUUUAAUAGUAAAUCUUAAAGUCCAGACCACAUCAGUUCAGUUUCUCAGCAGGGCUCUUCUCCUACAGAGCCAUGCUGUUGUAAUCCCUGUUGUCAGAAUGUGGUUUUGGAUCAUAUGAGGGUCUUUCCUGAAAAGGUCAUUGUCUGGAUGGAUGCAGAUGUUGCUCCUCUCUUUGCAAUUUUAACCUGUGUUUGUGGAUAUGGAUUUUGGAGGUGAUUUUGAGUUUAUGCAGUGAUUCCCACUACAGAGUCACGUCUGUUUUUACUGUUUUAGGGCCUAAAGAUCACACCCCUUUAGUAUAAUCCAUCAGCGUUGUCUCUUUUAUACAGAGAUUUCAGUGGACAUGUGUUUUUAUAGACACUCUGAGACAACAGAAGAGCUCCAGUAUUUAAAUCCAGACCUGAUUAAAUAUGACCUUCUCUGACUCCACCAUCGGUCUGCUUUGUUGGAGCUGUUGGUUAAUAACUCUUUAUGACAUUGAUUUCUCCCAGUCGUGUUGACUUUGCACAGGAGUCUGUUUUUUUUAAAGAUUUUAUCCUCUGGAGUUGGUGAAGUUCCUCACUGUGAGUUUUUCCACCGUUGGAUCUCUGGGGAGUCUCCUCUUUUUGUUUCUUUAAGUGAGGUCCUGCACAGAUAUACUGUCAUCAUUAUUAUUAUAACCGUAAUUUACUCCCCAGAGUGAUGAAUUAUACAUGAAGAAGAGAUCAAACUGCCUUGCUUUCACACGACUUUGCCUGAAUUUAAUAUAUUCACAGGUUGGAAUUUAAUAUAUUCACAGAGAAAGGUGGACAAAGUUUUAUACUUUUGGUGAAAAAUGAGUGAUGAGCAGGAGAAUCUGCUGCUCUCUCUGUGGCAUAAAUACCUGUCUAUUUAUAGAGCAUCUCACAGAUUGAUUUUUGCAUGUCAGACUGUAACCACAGAAACAACAUAACUGCUUUCUCACUCCGUCGACUCCGAUCAGAGCGAUUUCUAUCAGAGAAAACAUGACAGAGUGAGAAGUCCUGAUGUUUGUCCCUCUCUGCAGAAAACAAUCAUCCAAACCCUGAAGGACACAAACAGAAGAACAGAAAAUCAUUUCUACCUUUUUAGAGGGUUUUUAUGAUCUGACGGUUUGAACAUCCAGAUAUAGAUGGAAGUUUUUACACGUCUGCGCCAGCUGCAGCCACAGAAAGAAACAGCUCCUGUUAGCCUGAUAUCUGAACAAUACUUGGAGCAAAACGUCCUCUAAAACAGGAUCAAACCGGGAGAAAACUCUGCCUUUAUGAUUUUAUGUUUUGCCAUAAUGUCCUCCGAACUGAGUUAAUGUCAUCUGCUGCAGCUGCUUCAGAUUGGACCACUCUUUUUUCACAUCUUCUCUUUUUAAAACACAGAAAUCAAUUCCUCCAUGUCUAAACCUUAUCACCAAUAAACCAGAUUCUGACUCGAACUCAGAUUUCUCUUGACCUCCAUCCGUUAAUGCCUUGGCUGAAAACUGUUUUGACAGUUAGCUUGUCAGAGAUCAGUAAAACAAUUAAUCCAAUUACCCCAAAAUGGAUGACAUAAUUCUUUUACACCUCUUGUUGUUCUUUCAAACUCUUAAUUUGUAAUAAAAAUAAAUAUUUGUUAGUUUUUUGCUUCUAACAAAAAAAGCGUUUCUGCAACCCAGACUCCAAAUUAUUUUAUCUACAGGUUAAGGGGCAUCAGGACUCUGUAUAGCUGAAGUCACCGCAUGGGCUUAAUAUCUCUUGUCUGUAAACUGUCCUGAGGUCUGAUGAAUCAAAAUCUAACUCUCUUUUGGAAAGGACAACUGGACUUACUUGCUGAUAACAAGAUGACUGUGAUUUUUAGCUAGCUCUGCAUUAAAAACAGACAUGAGGCUCUGUAGUGGAAGUCACUGCAUGGACUCAAAAAACUUCCUAAAUUCACCAAUGCAGGUUAAAACUGAAGAGUGCACAAAAGAAACCAUGAUCCAGAGAAAUCAUGGAAAUCCUGGACGCUGGAUCCUCCCUUUUAAAGAGCAGAGGGACCUGUUCAAAUCGAGCAUCCCUGAUGGUCUGGGGAUCAUCAUAGUCCAUCUCAUGUGUAUCUGCCACAUCUGUUUGGCUCCAUUAAUGCUGAACAAUAUCUACAGGUUUAGGAGCAUCAGGACUCUGUAUAGUUUGAGUCACUGCACGGGCUUAAUAUCACUUGUCUGUGAACUGUCCUGAGGUCUGUUAAAUUAAAAUCUUGCACUCUUUUGGAAAGGACAACUGGACGUUUGGCCUAAGGCGAAACAUCCCAAGUAAGCCCAGUUGUCCUUUCAAAAAAGAAUUGGAAAUCAUAGAUGAUGCAUCCUAAGUUUUAAGCAGUUUUUUCUGAUCGUCCUCACCUCUUUAACGUAAAAAUGCUGUGAUUUUUGUGUUUUUCUUGAAGUUCUUACCUACACUGUAAAUGGGCGACUCUGGAAGAGCUGGAGAAAGAUCCCAGAAUCCAUCAGAAGAUCAAACGCUUCAGGACCAAACAGGCGCAGAUGAAACACCUGUUCACAGAGGUGACAGAUUUUCAUCAUUAAGGUUUUUUUUCUAAAGUCGAGUGAAGAUGUAACAGAUCUGUCUAACUUCUAUAUGUGAUUUCUGUCCUGGUCUGCAGCCCGAUGAGGACUUGUUCAACCCAGAUUAUGUUGAGGUAGACCGAGUUCUGGAGGUGGCUGUUACCACGGAUACAGAGACAGGAGAGGUGGGUCUCCUCACACCUAAAGCAGUUGUUACACUCUCACACACACACACACACUCUAACUGGCUCCCUGUCUCUGUGUAGGAGGUGACCCAUUACCUGGUGAAGUGGUGCAGCCUUUCAUACGAGGAGGCCACGUGGGAGCUGCAGGAGGACCUGGACCCUGAGAAGAUCAAAGAGUUUGAGGAGAUCCAGAAACUCCCGGCAGACCUCCGACACAUCGUGAGUUUAUUUUAUUUUAUUUUAUGGUACUGUGUCUUUUUCAGUGCUCUUCUGCCCCUUAAAAAAUCCUGGAAUAGCCCUUUAACAGAGAUGCUGAUUCAUGACUUUGUUUCAGAGUAGUGGGUCGGGAUUCAGACUUUCUUAGCUAAUUUUUGAACAAAUAAUUUAGAUUCUGAGUAAAAAGGAAAACGGAAAAUUGGCGUCUUGGCUUUAUGUUUCCUCUGAAAACCAGAUGAGCGUCACUCUGCCCCCAUCUGUACCCCUUCCCCUCAGAUUCCGCAUGUCGGUCUUGUUUUUCUCUCUCUGUGCCGGUGACUGCAAACACACUCAGAUCUGUGGGUUUCUCCUUCUCCUCUGAUGCAUCAGGUCUGGUUUUGUUUGGUUUUGGAGGUGAAAAUGAGGAUUUGAAAUCCUGGAAGAAGAAAACACCCUCCUUUGCAUACAGAGUCCUCUGAUUUUGUGCAAAUUCUUAACCUGGAGCACGUUUUCUUUGCUGGAUUUUGAAGACUACAUCUGUUUGAAAUCCACUGUCUCUCUCUGUGAGCUGAAGAAGGAUAUCAGCAGCAGUUACUGUUUUCAAAACUACGAUUGCAACUUAUCACAGCGGAUCUUUUUUUCUCUCUGUUUCAUUAUUUGUUGAUUCAAACGCCAAACUCAGGAAUGAUUCCUCUCCAAAAAUGUCUUAUGAACCGUUUUCUACCUCACAGAUUUCAGAGGGAAACAAUUUAACAUAACUUUAUGAAUGAAUACAGAGAAAAAUUUCUGAAUCUUUGAGUGUUCCUUCGUGUUUCUGCUGCAGGAGCGUCCUUCUCCAGAGAAAUGGCAGAAGUUGGAUCAUUCCCGAGAUUACAGGAAUGGGAACCAGCUCAGAGAGUACCAGUUAGAGGGGAUGAACUGGUUACUGUUCAACUGGUACAACAGGUGAGGCUGAACACAAACAUUGACAUCCCCGCAGGCUCUCAGUGUCGAGGUGAGUUAACUCUUGUAUUUGGUCUUCAGGAAAAACUGCAUCCUGGCAGACGAGAUGGGUUUGGGAAAAACCAUCCAGUCCAUCACCUUCCUCUAUGAGAUCUUCACCAUGGGGAUCCGCGGACCCUUCCUCAUCAUCGCCCCUCUGUCCACCAUCACCAACUGGGAGCGGGAGUUUCGUACGUGGACGCACAUGAACGUCAUUGUGUAUCACGGCUCACAGAUCAGCCGCCAGAUGAUCCUGCAGUACGAGAUGUUCUACAGAGAUUCACAGGUGCAGAUCUUUGUUGGCGGUUUUUAUUUUGGCGUGGCAAUGAGAGUGUGAGGCUGAAAACAUCACGGCGAAUGUUUCCUAGGAAAAUUUACCACAUUUUAAACCCCCCCCCCCCCCCCUGUGGCCUGCAGAGUAACACCAUCCCAGGCGUGCUGAAGUUUCACGGCGUGAUCACUACCUUUGAGAUGAUCAUGGCCGACUGCCCCGAGCUGAAGAAGCUGCACUGGCGCUGCGUGGUGAUCGAUGAAGCCCACCGUCUGAAAAACAGAAACUGCAAACUGUUGGAGGGACUCAAACUCAUGAACCUGGUCCGUGCCCGUGUGUGCACAUCUCCACCUUCACAGUUUGCAUUAAGGUCUAAAGCUGCAGCAGGUUUCUGUGUGGUGUCAAUUUUUUUUUUUUUCUGUUUCUCUCAGGAACACAAAGUUCUGCUGACAGGAACUCCUCUGCAGAACUCGGUGGAGGAGUUAUUCAGUCUGUUGAACUUUCUGGAGCCUCUCCAGUUUCCCUCGGAGAGCUCCUUUCUGGAGGAGUUUGGAGACCUCAAAACAGAGGAGCAGGUGUGUGAAGACAGUGUUUACAUCAGAAACAUCCCGAGAUUUGAUUUUUUACGUCAUCUAAUGCUGACUUUGCCUCAAAUCAAAAUCUGCCUCGCAGUUUAUUCCUCGGUUGGGCAACAUUUUGUAUUUUUGCAUGACACAGAAUCACAGCAAACACUGAGGAGGGAGAAAGUUACACAGACAGAGACUUAUAUGGUUAGGGACAUGGGAUAAAUGAUCAUUCACAAUAUAUCAUCAGACAAAUCCUCCAUUAUAAAUAUUUGCCAUCUCACGAUAAAUGCAAGUUGAUGACGUAAGCGCGAGUGACGGACUCGCAGCUAUAGCCCACACAGAGCAGAAUAACAGACAAACAUGGCCCAAGGUAAUGAACGCGUUUCUGAGCAGGCUCCACAUGAGGGAUUUGCUUCAAGAUUGGGUUUAGAUGAGAACAAUCCGGUAUGCCUGACACCAGACAGUGGAUCUGCUGCUGCGGUUCACUCUGUGUAAUUUGAGUUUUCAAUAAAUGUUGAAAAUGUUUUCACAUUUGAGACUUGUUUGAUAUCAUUAGGUUUCUCCAUAACCUACUACUCAAACUUGUGGUUAAAUAUCUUAUUUGACUACUCUAACUGGUGUUCUCAAGACAAAAUGAGUCAAAAAUAUAGAUUGGAAUUGUAACAUUUUUUUAUCAGGACUUUUAUCGUAAUCGCCAGAAUGGCAAAACUUACACUGAUAAAUUUUUUAGCCCAUAUCAUUUAUUCCUUCUUAUGGGGCGUUCACACCAAGGGCGAGUAAUACCAUCUACUUGCUUAAUUUGCUCUUAUCUAGACAUGUGAAUGAAAAGGAUUUACUCGCUUCAUUUGUGCAUCAACAGAGUGCUUAAUAGCUGUGGUUUGCUGCUUAUGCUAACUUUUUCAGUGAUCCUUGCCAAUUCAACCGGCAGGAUCAAGUGGUAGACAACGGUUUUUCACAACUAACCAAAUAACCCGACCUACUCGCUCACUUUCCUCCAGGCGAGCUCCUUUUUAUUCCUGUUUUUAUGAAAAACGCCAUGGAUAUGAGAAAGGGCCAGAGUCUUCAUCAAGCAUGGCAGGAGUGAACCACGUUCAGCAGAUUGGUGCUUUGUUUUUGUUGUGGGAGACCCAGAAUCGUAGAUAUAGGCAUCACCAUGUCUGGGUCUCCUCCAACAGCUGCGCCCGGAUGACAGUCGUUUCCAGCUGUAUUUUUGGGUUACCCAAACCCAAUUUGACGACCUGAUGGUGAGGGUCAGUACCAGGAUAUCCCUCCAGGAAACCGAUUACAGGCACUCCAUUCCAGCUGCAGAGUGCAUGUCCAUCUGUCUACUGUGAAUAAAAGGAUUUGUCUUUAUAUUUUCACACCAGUGAACAUCUGCUGGUCCAUUUUCAUACAUCACCCAGGAAUCUACCUGCUGAUUAGUUAUCGCAACACGAAUAUCCGCUGAAGUUGAGAUAUUUUCAACUCUCACAAAUUUGUGUCCACUCAAUUUGAGCAAUUCGCACCACCAGAGUAGUACGAGCGUCUAAUUGUGUCUUUGCAUCGACUUAACAUGUAAUUAAAUUCCGUGAAUGAUUUUGAUGUGAAGGCCUCAUUACAGUUCGAAAGGUUUGUGUGAAAUCGUGAAAAAGUUCUUUUUAAAAGCUGAGGGAAAUGCUCAUACUUAAUGAAUAAUAACUUAACUCAAACUUUUCUGUUUUACUUUAAAGCAAAUACCUGUUUGUCCACAGGGGGCGCCAAACUUAACACAAACUGAAGCUUUUAGGAACUCAUUUACCCAGAGCAAAUACACUUUUGAAAUUAAAUUGGGGGAAGUUACAUAACAUCUUUUUAGAAAAGCAAACAAACAUUUAUGAAGCUUUUUAAGCCAUCAUCUUUUAUUUUUGCGUUCCUUCGUCAGGUGAAGAAGCUUCAAGCAAUCCUGAAGCCAAUGAUGUUGAGGAGACUGAAGGAUGACGUGGAGAAAAACCUGGCGCCCAAAGAGGAGACGAUCAUCGAGGUACGGCUGUGCGAGGGUUUCAUAAGAACUACAAAUAAAAGAGCGAAAGAAAGUCAACAAGAUUAACUGAAUAAAAAUACUCUAGAAACUUUUUUUCGCAAGCUGAUAGAUCAUCAGUCAGAGCAGCGAGGAAAUCCUCUGCUGUGAGUUCAGUGAGAGAGUUUCUGUUAGGAGGACAGGGCUUUAGAAAAAAACUUCAAAAUCAUACAUGAAGCCAGAAUCAGCCUCCAAUUUCAAAUUUUUCCGACCUUUGACCUAAUAUUUAAAAAAAAAAAAGAAAUGCAAAAGGGAAAUCAAGUCCUUUUCUGUGUGUAGGUGGAGCUGACCAACAUUCAGAAGAAAUACUACAGAGCCAUCCUGGAGAAAAACUUCUCCUUCUUAUCGAAAGGAGCAAACCAGCACAACAUGCCCAACCUCAUCAACACCAUGAUGGAGCUACGCAAGUGCUGCAACCACCCCUACCUGAUCACAGGUAAGUUCAGUCUGCGAAUAGCCCCACCUGAUCACGGAGUCUAGAUGCAUGCACAGUGACAACAGACCUUCUCUGGAAAAGAGAAGUUUCGUAUCUCACACUUAUUGUCUUUACCUGAGGAUACAGUGGAUGAACAUUUUCGCUCUCGUUGUUGUCCUUCUCAGGAGCCGAGGAGAAGAUACUGGAGAGCUUCAGGAAGAGCCACAGUCCUGAUGCUCUGGACUUCCAGCUGCAGGCGAUGAUCCAGGCUGCUGGAAAACUGGUGCUGAUUGAUAAGCUGCUGCCCAAACUGCUGGCUGGAGGACACAAAGUCCUCGUCUUCUCCCAGAUGGUCCGUUGCCUGGACAUCCUGGAGGACUACCUCAUACAGAGACGGUGAGGAGCAGGGAGGGAGCUCUAUGAUUAUUACCUCAGACUUCUUAAGCCUCUAAGGAAAAAUGCACCAAACAUUUCUGGGUUGAUCUCAGUGGGUUCAAGCAUUUCCUAGAAGCUCUGCUGCAAGUCUCACUCCUCACUGUGACUUUCCUUAUCGCCUCAAAAGCUGCAGUAAAAAAAAACGCGAUUUAAAGAUGCAUCACCUUUGACAUUAACAUGCAUGUCUUAUGCAGCUACACUUACGAGCGCAUCGAUGGCCGUGUGCGGGGAAACCUUCGGCAGGCAGCCAUCGACAGGUUCUGUAAGCCAGACUCAGACCGCUUCGUGUUCCUGCUGUGCACCAGAGCUGGAGGUCUGGGGAUCAACCUGACAGCUGCAGACACCUGCAUCAUCUUUGACUCUGACUGGAACCCGCAGAACGACCUGCAGGUGAGCAGAAAACAUCGAAAGAUGCUUUAGGCAGAGGGUACGAAUUUUCUUCUCUGAGCCCAAUUAAGGACUGAAAAGAAAACUGCCCAGAGGGCUAAUGAAUCAAUAUUUGACUUUUUUUUUAAGAAUUAUCAACACCUAAUCUCCAAAUUUCCCCUGGAUCAUCAGAGUCCACGUCAUGGGUAUCUUCCACAUCUCUGAAAGCUCCAUGAAUUCUGAACCAUAUCUCCAGGUUUAGGAGUAUCAGGACUCUGUAGUUGGAGUCACCGCAUGGGCUUAAUAUCACUUGUACAUGAACUGUCCUGAGGUCUAAUGAAUCAAAAUCAAACACUCAAGGACAACUUGACAACGUCCCAAGCUAAUUCAGUUGUCCUUUCAACAAAGAACUGGAAAUCAUAGAUGCUGCAUCCUCAGUUUUAAACAGUAUCUCUAGGUGUAUGAGCAACAUGAAUAUAUCUGGGUUUUCUCUCUGUCUAAACUUUGGUCUCUCUCUGUGGACUCUGCUAAGCUGCUGAUUUAUUCCAUGUCCUCUCUUUAGGCUCAGGCUCGCUGUCACCGGAUUGGUCAGAGCAAAGCGGUGAAGGUGUACAGACUGAUCACUAGAAACUCAUACGAGAGGGAGAUGUUCGACAAAGCCAGUCUGAAGCUCGGGCUGGACAAGGCUGUGCUGCAGGACAUCAACCGCAAAGGCAGCCUGAACGGGGUCAGAAGAUGAUUUUGCACCCGUACACACUGUGGAUUAGGAAACGCAAAAGCAUUAACACUAACCUGAGGUGUCUGGUCCUGCAGGUGCAGCAGCUCUCAAAGCUGGAGGUGGAGGAUUUGCUGAAAAAAGGAGCGUAUGGAGCUCUGAUGGACGAGGAGGAUGAGGGCUCCAAGUUUUGUGAGGAAGACAUCGAUCAGAUCCUCCAGAGAAGAACUCAGACCAUCACCAUCCAGUCUGAGGGGAAGGGGUCCACGUUCGCAAAGGUAGGAAUCAGGGAUGGUCUAAAAGGACAUCCCACAUACUCAGACCUCCAACUGCAUCUCUGUGUCUCUGCUCCUCAGGCCAGCUUCGUGUCCUCCGGGAACAGAACUGACAUUUCUCUUGACGACCCCAACUUCUGGCAGAAAUGGGCCAAGAUUGCCGAGGUGGAGAUAGACUCCAAAUCUGAAAAGGUAAAUAGGAAAGUAGGGAGGGAGGGAGGGAGAGAGGGAGAGAGAGAGAGAGAGAGAGGAGUUUAGUGGAAAAAAAAGUGAGACUGGAGGAGACGAGCCAAGAUAAGAGCAUGUUUUUAAAGGGUGAAACUAAAGGAGGUCACAAGAGGUCAAAAAGGUCAGGAGGAGAAGAGUUAUAGGGACGUAAAAGAUAAAAAGUGUUUGAGUCAAGUUAAUGAAGAGAUAGACAGAGAAAGAAGUUCAGAUCCUAACCAGAGAAAAGAAAACUUUCCCUAUUUGCACAUUUUUUUUUUUAAACAUUUUUCAUUUCCUCUUUUUGUAUUGUUCUAUUACAAGUAUUAUGUUUUCAUUUUUUCACAUUAUCAUUAUUUUUUUAUUCUUUCUUUCCCCUUUCCUGGAUUUCAUUUUACUUCUUUUUCUUUUCCAAUUUUACUUUUUCUUUGUUCUUUCUUUUCUUUUAUGCUUUUCUGUCAUUUUCCUUUUAAUUCUCAUUCUUUAUUUUCUUUUUGCUUACACUUUUCCCCUUCCUCUUCAGAUUUUUUUUUGCAUUUCUUCGUUUUUCCUUUUCUUCUUUCUUUUUGUGCAUCAUGUAUUGUAUUGAAUUGUUCUAGUUUUGUUGUUUUGUUUUUGUCUUGUAGGCUGUUGUGAUUUGUUGUGGUUAUUGAUGUUGUCUUUGUGUUUGUGGCGUGAUGUUUUUUGUGACUGUGCACUGCGAUGGAGAGUUCAUUUUAAAUGUAGACUCCAGGUAGAAUAGCGAUGGCCUCCAUUAGCCAAAGCCAAUGGAGAUAUAAAUAAAUAAAUAAAAAUGUUGUUUCCUUUCUUUCUCUUUUACUUUAACUAUUUAUUUAUUUUUCUCUCCUUCCUUUCUUUCUUGUCUUCCUUUCCUUCUCUCUUCCUUCCUUUAUCUUUUUAUACUCCUUCCUUCCUUGUUCCUUUCUUCCUUACUUUCCUCUGUUCCUCCUCUCUUCCUCUCUCACUCCUAACAGAUGGAGCUUCUUAAAUGAUUGAAGCAGAUUACAAACCAAGCACUGCUGCUGUCUUUAUAACCUCUCAGUGUGUUUUUUUGUGUAUAUUUGUGUGUGUAUUUGUGUGUAUAUAUGUGUAUGUGUGUGUGUGGACGAUGAAUGGUGCCUGGAGUCUUCAGUAAUGGACUCCCUUGGGGAACAGAAGUUCUGUCUCUCCUCGCUUCUCCUCUGGUGCUCCUCUCAGGGAUUGAACAGGACCGUGUUCAGAUCUCUCCUCCUCGGACUCAAGUCGACCUUUUUUCCUCUCUCUGUCUCAGGAGUCUCUGGUGAUCGACACUCCUCGGGUGAGGAAACAGACUCGUCACUACAACUCCUUUGAGGACGAUGAGUUGAUGGAGUUCUCGGAGCUGGACAGUGACUCGGAGGAGCGGCCAUGUCGGACCAGACGUCUGGGCGAGCGAACCAGGCGGUAUCUCAGAGCCGAGUGCUUCAGGGUGGAAAAGAACCUGCUGAUCUUCGGGUAAAAACUCUUUAGGCUGUGUGGUUCCUCCUCUGAUUGGUUCGGUUUUCAGGAAGUGUGAGAAUGGAAUGAAUCUUUGUGAUUUCUUUUAUUCUCUGUCUUUAUAUUAUAACCCUCCUCUCUUUUACUGUGCCGUUAAGGUGGGGUCGCUGGAAGGACAUCCUGAACCACGGCCGCUUUAAGUGGCACCUGGCAGAGAGAGACAUGGAGGUCAUCUGUCGGUAAGAAAAACUUGAUCGGCCCUGGACCUCAGUCAGUGGAUCAGCAGAUGGAUUUUUUUUAACUGAUUUAAGUUUCUGUAUCUGCAGACAGAUCCACCUCUGAGUUCUUCUUCUUUGUUGUUGUUGUUCAGGGCUCUGCUGGUUUACUGCCUCAAACACUACAAAGGAGACGACAAGAUCAAGAGCUUCAUCUGGGAUCUAAUCACACCCACCAAAGAGGGACAGGACCAGGCCCUGCUCAACCACUCUGGUUAGACCUACACUGCUCACCUCCUCCACAGCGACUUGAUGUAUCUCAAAUAUGAAGUUCGGUUAUCUUGCAGCUUAAUGCAAAUACUUUGAGAGCUCAUGUUUAUCCUACAACACAAAGACAGGAUAAUCUUCUUUUUCAAACUCAUUAACUUUUCUUUCAGUGCCGUUAUAUGAGGUUAAUUUCCAGACUUUUGAAACUCCAUCAGCACUUUUUUCUACUCUUUGACACAUGCAGUAAAACCUUUCUACACCUGCAAGACUUGAAUGUUUUAAUCAGUAAAACUCACAUAUAGUUACCAUCUUUGUUCUGUUUUCUGCCUCAAAAUCAUUUCCUUCCUUCCUGAGAAGCACUUAAUUUUUUUUUUUUUUAAUACACCCUCAAUCAAAAAGAAAAGUUUUUCCAAUUGCAUAAAAUGUUGAUUUAAACAGAUUAAUGUGCUUGAAAAUCCAUUUGAAGUGUGUGUAAAUAAAAGUGGUGAAAAGGCAUCGAAACAGAUGUUAAAAUUGAAAAGAAAUUUAGAGUUUAAUGAAGAAACACGCCUCAGGGACGAGAAAACACUGAGACAGUCGUGUGAUCGUUAAAAAAAAAGUACCUGGAGGAACGUCUCCGACCAAUUAGGUGGAUCUACAGCAGGUUAGAAACAUGAUCGGGUCUAAGAAGGACUUGAUGAGGGGCUGAGUCUCUCAGGGAGGAAGAUGGGACCAGGUUUUCAGGCCCAGGUUAAUGAAAAUCAAAGGGACUUUCACUGAUUUCCAAACUGAAUAAAGAUCUUUCCGUCAGGCCUGUCAGCUCCAGUUCCUCGAGGUCGGAAAGGGAAGAAGCUGAAGAACCAGCUGAAUGUUCCUGAGCUGAAAAACGCCGACUGGUUGGUUCACUGCAAUCCUGAGGUGGUUCUGCAGGACGAAAGCUACAAGAAACACCUGAAACAACACUGCAACAAGUCAGUUUGACUCACUUUCCUUCAAUUUGAUCAGCAGAUUUAAGUCAGAGUUUGUUUUGGUAUUACUGUUUGUUCUGAAACUGAACAUCUUCUCCAGGAAACAGGAGAAGUUUGAGUAGUUUUCACGUUUCAAGUUGUUUUAGAUAAAUCUUGACAGUGUUUAUGUGUUUACAGUGAGGAAAUUAUCUUCAACUUUGAUUCACUCAAAGUGAAACUGUCUUGAUCUUUCCUCAGGGUGCUGCUGAGGGUGAGGAUGCUUUACUACCUGAAGGUGGAGAUUUUGGGCGAAGCUGCAAAUCAGGCUCUGGAGGGGAUCCCUGCCAGGUAUGGAGUUUACACGCUAUAUUAUGUUAGGGCUAUGUUACCCCACACAAAGAUUUUAGAGUUUUAGGUUUUUGAAACCCCAAAACUUUUGUAAAGGGACCGCAGAGUGUUCAAAAACUAAUCAAGGAAACAAACUGGAGACUAGGGCUGCAUCAUUUUGGCCAAAAAUAAAUCCUGAUUUUUUUUCUCUGAAAACUCGAUAUUUGAUUUUGAUUUUUUUAUUCAGUGACAACUUCACCAAACUGCUCUUUAAAAAUAAAAAGGUUUUCUCAAAAUGAAACCACUGAAAAUGAUGUAGUGCAUAUGCCAAGCCAGUAAUUGGCACUGUAACACUACACAAGAAAUGUUCAAAAGACAGAAGAAGAGUACAGAGCAUACGUAUAAAGGUUGUUUUGGCCAGACAUGCGUGGGCAUCCACACAGAGAUGAAAUUUGUUCCCGUGUGGAUGGGUUGAUACCGCCUUAAGAUGGACUUUGCAGCGGGGAGUGCUUUGCUCUUCUUCUAAAACUGCAUAGCUGUACCAAUUCCACACGACUGACUUGCUCUUGUCCUAUUUAGCCACGAAAUCAUCACCUUCCUUUGCAAACGCCAUGUUUGUUUACACGAGUGUGUGUGGAAAGUGGGGAGCCCCCCCCCCCCAGGAAGGCAGAGCCUAUGGUGGCCAUGAGAGACAAGAAAAUCGUUUGACGAUUUUAAUUUUUUUUAACAUCAUCAUAAUCGAUUAAUUGUGCAGCCCUACUGGAGAAAGUGCUGGACCAUCGUUCCCAACACCUCCACCCUAAACUACUGAAGAAGUAAACUGAACCGAAAGUUGCAAAAACACUGAUACCUGAACAACCUGCAAAACUUCAACCCAAAACUGGAACUCCUACAGAAAGCAAACUAAGGUUGUCAGGAUACCAGUACUCUGAAUUUUGCUGCAAUGCUAAUAAAGAUUAGGUGGUUUGGAUGAGGGCUUUUAUUGUUUUUAUUGACAGCACAGACUGGUUUUCACUUAUAUGUGUGCGUGUGUUUGUUUGUGUUGUGUGUGUGUUUGUGUCGGCAGUAAGCUGGAGGUGUCACUCCCUGACAUCGACUACAUCGAGAUCCCAGCCUCCUGGUGGGACGCAGAUGCCGACAAAUCUCUGCUCAUAGGAGUCCACAAACACGGUGAGAGCAGCGGGACACAGAGUUCAGUUAUUAGGAGCAGCUCUGCUAAAGACUGAUUUAUUUAUCUUCAUUUCUAAAAACAGGAUUCUCUUCGGUUUUUGCCCAUUCGAAGAAUAAUUUUAGACUCUAGCAGUUUUAAGUGUUAGUUUGGCUUUAAUGCAGUAAUAUGCAAACCGUAUUAUACAUUAUGAAGUAAUAUCCUAUGAUAGAGGAGUUGUGUCACGUUGGCACUAAAUGCAUCAGUUGUGUGUGUGUGUGUGUGUGUGUGUGUGUGUUUUGGCUGUCAGUUUUAAUCAUGUGUGUUUGAUUCCUCUGAUCAGGUUACGAGCGGUACAACGCCAUGCGAGCCGAUGCAGACCUGUGUUUCCUGGAGCGAGUGGGGAUGCCCGACGUCACAGCACUGUCCGCUGAGCAGGGAGGGGGAGAGGGGGCUGCAGACAUGGCUGACAGGUAGAGUACUGGUAGAAUAACGUGCACACAUACAGAAGAAGGCUUUCCUGUUCUACAGCUGUGACUGCUCCUUUCCUUUUUGUCAUAUAUUUAAGUCAACAAAGGUUUCUAAUUUUUUCCACAGCAGUCAGAUCACAUUUUAAUGAAGGCUGUAAAAUGCACCUGCACACGGCUGCAGGAGAAUCUUUAUAAAAUCUUUGAUUUUAGCUGGAACUUUCCGCUGAGCUCUGAAAGGUGAUCGUUUCUCCACACAGAAGCUGCAAAAUCAACCACACUGCUCUGUUCUCUGCUCCUAACAAAAUGUGGAAAAAGAGUCUCUUGGUUUAAGAAAGCAGAGAGAGCCAGAGCAAAGUGAGAAAUCGCCGUGUUGGAUGUAUUUUCUGGCUGCUGCAGAGUGAUGAAGAUGAGCUCUCCGGAGGCUUUGAUCCUCCUACUAAAAGAAAAUGAAAUCGUCACUCGUUUUGUUGUCGCUUUAACCCGAAGCUGUUUACAGCUGAGCGGGGCGACCUCGUGGUGGAGACCAUGUCUAGACUGCAAGUGUGAACUCUGUUUGAAACAGGACAGGAGGAAAUAAACAAUGAAAAUGGCGUACAGGGGCUGAAUCAUGGUACUGCAGACACCUAAAAACCUCACCGAGUUUGUGUUGUGCUUCCCGAGGGUGAUUUUAACCAUCUGUGGAAACUCCACCAACGAUAUCACAGCUGAAAUCAUGCAAUGUGUGUGUGGAAAUAACAAAUCAGACCAACAGAGGUCUGAUCGGAGUGAAUUUGUUUGAACAUUUAGGAACAGCAAGGUUUUUACCCUGACUGCUGAUGCCCUAACCAGCCUGAACACAUUUGAUGGACUAAUCUUUGAAGCUAGGCAGGGUUGAGGUCUUGUUGGUGCUCAGAUGGGGGACCCCCUAGGAGUUCCAGGUGCUCUAAGCGCUAAAUAAGACAUUUUGUAAGUAAUGGGGCAAAGUAGGCCUGUCACGAUAACAAAUUUUGCUGGACGAUAAUUGUGCUACAAAUUAUCGCCGAUAAACGAUAUUAUUGACACCGUUUUUUAAAUUAUAGAUAAUGAUAUUAAAUGGCAUAAUAAUGCGAGUACACCGUGUCAAAAGUGAUAAACUUUAAUUUCACCCACGACGAAGACGUAACGUUGACGAGCUAAACAUAAGUCGGAGAUGACUAAAAUGUGACGAGACGAAAGUGCGUUUACGUUGAUGGGACGAGACGAAAAUGACGAACAGAGUUGCAAAAUUCAGUCAGUUAAACGCUAAACAUAUAGGAGCAGCUUAGGUCCGCUCUGACAGCUCUCAUCAGCCUGCUGUGCUCCUCCAACACACAGACACACACGCGCGCGCGCGCACACACGUGGAGUUUUGUGGUUGACGAAAACAAAACUGGUUUAAAGCCGAAAUAUUCCCACACUUGGGCUGUUGCGUUCGGUUUAGACACCAAAGCUGUCGUGUUCAUUCUGUUUGCUUGCUUUUCACUCACGACGCUCACUUGCAGCACUGUAUCCAAAAGUCUGUGUCUGUGUGCCUGUGCGCGCCAGCCCCCUCGUGACAAAGACACUGAAUGACUGACAGGAGGGUUCACUAACUCCGUUCAUUCCGCUAUAGAGCCAACGCCCCCAGGUGCCGAGAAAAAUGGGCAGAGUGAGACCUCUUCUCUUAUCCAGCGUGUUUGGUAGCGAGAGAGGAGGAAAACAAACGCACGUUAAUUAUCGAGGCUGGCAAAAUGACCGACCUCGUUUUUAUUUACCGAGCGAUAAGGCGAUUUAUUGAUUAUCGCGACAGGCCUAGGGCAAAGACACUCAAUCAGUUUAGAGUUUUUGUUGGAUUUACAGGAUAGAUAAAUGUCAUAGAUAAAUGUCUAUCGCACCUUUCCUUCCUCAGGACUUUUGCACUCAAAGCUUUUUAACACAUAAUAAUGUUUGUAAAAUUCACUCUGCUUCCUCCUACUUAACCUGAACAGCUGAUCACAGUCUGACAGGCUCUUUGUUUCAGGUCUGCAAUAUUUCUUUGUUUUUUCUCUGACGUGUUUUUAACUUCAGUCAGACAUGAAGAAAGCCUGUGUUGACUCUUUCAGCUCUUUAUCCUGUUACAUCCCCUCUCCCCGUGUCACCUUUCUCAGCGUGACGUCCUCUGUGUUGUUACUGAAGCUUUUUUCUUCUCUUCUGUUUCUUCUGUCAGCGCUUGCAAACCGGAGGAGACGAAGGACGAGGCUGAGAGUAAAGCUGACGGAGGAGAGGACAGAGAUGAGAGCAGCAAGGUGAACAUGACAUCCAGAGAAAACCGCCUUUUAUUCUCUCCCACAGAACCUGAGGUGGAUUUUAUCUCUUUAGACCUCGCUGAGGUCUCUUUCCAUAAAAACCUCAUUUAGUGAAACGCUCCUGUGGGAGGAAGCUGUUGACCACUGUGGUCCUCAUGUCCUAUAAAAACAGAAACAAAGAGAUAAUGAUGCAUUUAAGUAGAAAACAACUGUGAACACCAAAGUUGACGAAAAAUAACCCUUUAAAAUCCUCUCUGUGGCUCAUGGCUGUUUUCUUAAACAAUGAGAGACGGAUUCUCAAAAGUCUUUGGCGGCUUUUACACGCACUAAAUAUCAACAAGACAGGAUCUGUUUCACUCUUUCAAAGGGGUAGAUAAAAUUCAAACUGAGCUGCAGACGAAAACAGAGUCACAGUGAACUGGUGUUGUUUGCAUGUGUUUAAAUAAGCCAAUUUGGCCCUUUUCUAUGCAAGUGAGCCUCACUGCAAAAGAAAUGCUGAAUUCACAAAAACUAGUGCCAAAGCCGAGUACAGUCAGAGUGAAACUUUACCGUCUGCUGAGAGCUGGUGGGAACUUUUCCCGUAUACUUGAGUAAUCACCUCUAAAUGUCUAUAAAAUCUGUAUUUUUUAUAGUAGUGCAGAGUUAAAUCAGCCUGAGGCUGCCUGUGCACAAAUGUUCACAACAGAGUAUUUUUUUUAGGUCUUGAUGAGCCGCUCUUUGCUGGUUUAAUCCAGAUAUAAAAUGAAAUGUGUGAUACAUCAGUCCUAUAUCUGCAAUAAACUACUACCAAGUGUCCACUCUCCAUCCCUCUCAUCCUCUGGCAAAACAAGAGCAACCUGCAAAACUCUAAGGGCCUGUUUCCACCUGAGUAUGGAAGCUUUGUGGAUUAAAGUGGUCAAAGAUGUGUGGCCACACUUCUUAGUGAAGACUUAUAAUUUUAUAGUUUGGACUUCAAUGCAGUGUUAUCAUUUCUACAUGUAACACAAACGAACAUUUAAACUGGGGUGCUUUAGGUCGCCCGGGUGUUUCCUCUCUAUCGUGUUAAACUCUGAAGGGGAAAUGCUGCUUUUAUAUUUUGCAGAGAUGCAUCGUUUGUCUUAUUUGUACGAUCAAUACCAUAUAACUCAUAAAAUAAAGCUGCAGAGUUAAUCCUCAAUAUUAGUUCGAGUGAGAAUUCUCUGCGUGAAUGUGUUCUCUUUAUUAAUAUUUGUGUGUUUUAACCUCACAGGGAGAGGAAACCUGCUCCAGCACGGACACAUCAGACAAACCAGACAGUACAGGACCAGGUGAGAUACCAUGAUGAUGUGCUUUACAUCCAUGCAUGUGUGAAUUCAGAGUCAGUCAACUGUAAAUGAUGUCAAGUCACACUGAGGAUUGGUAUGAAAUGUUGUAAAAUCUGCAGGUCUCGUAGGUAAUCAGAGCUUUUGAAAUCCGGUCUUUAUUUCCACAUUCUUAUAAUGAAUUGGACCUUUAAACAGUAUUAUAUAACUCUCCCCCCUCUCCUCAGUCUGAGAGGUUUUCUCCCCCGACGGCUUGUAUGAAACCACUCUCACCUUCAGCAGAGGUCUUCAUCUCUGCUGAGAUCAGAUGAUCCAACGUGUGAAAUGAGUUUCAGUGGUUUAAUGUUCCUGUCCAUCUCUGAGGGGAUGUUAAAAAGAAGUCUAAUGUUGAAGAGCACUCUGGAGAAAGACUGGCUGAGUCUGACAGUGUUGUGUUGUAAACAAGAAGACAGAGCAGAUCAGUAAUAUUAUAUGUUUAUUACCUGAAGUGCUCUUUUUGUGUUUAUACUCAGAACAUGCCCGUAGUUUAAGUCUGAGUGUGAACAGAGUUUUCAAAGCUGAGAGAAUUCAGGCGAAAGAGAGCAAUGUAUCUUUUAAACCUGCUGAUAAAAGUUGAAACUUAGAUGGAUUAGUGAUAAAAUUAAAAACCCCACAGUCGCCAUGUUUUAGAAAGUUAGAAAUCAAACAAUAUUCUUGCUGCUGAAAAAUCUUUGAAUUCAGCAUCACAUCCAGUUUUAGAGCCAGGACCGAGUCCUCCUGGUGACAAACAUGCAGGUGCCUUGACUUAAACUUCACCUUUCUGACAUUCUGUCAGACUGUUGGAGGAUUUUUCCUCCUUCUUUACUUAAAUUUUGCCUCCAUAUUUGAAUUUGGCCCGUCAUUUUAGAGAAUCGUGUUGAUUAAUAUGUUUGUCCUCAGCAGACACUCAGCUGACAGCCGACUUAUGCGCUCAGGACGCCACACUGGUCACCACAACAACCACAACUGGAACAGGGACAGGUGUUGCAGCUCUCCAUGUGGUCCAGGCCCGCCCCCUCUGGCCCACAGGCCCCGCCCUCACAGCCCGUUUACGCCGUCUGAUCACAGCCUACCAGCGCUUCACGCUGCGCCGGGAGCCAAUGCUCAGACCUGACUUCCUGCUUCAUGAUGGCCUCGUCGGCAUGGGGAUGGGAGGAGGGGGAACCACUCACAGUCAUCAUGCUGGAGGGCCGCUGGCAUGGCAACUAGGGGAGGAGCUUAGAAGGUGUACAGUGGUCACCACUGAGCCCGACCCACUGUUUCUGGAGUGGCAGAGAAGGUAACCACAAGAGGAAGUCAGUUUCUUUUUUAUGUGUUUUUUUGGGAGGUCAGAAUAUCUGAGCUGUGUUCCCUCCAGAAAAAUGGCCCUUCAAAAGUUGAUUUCAGGGUUUUAAAAAGUGCCUCAAAAGUUAAACUUCUUCAUUCUGGUCUGGCUCAGGUGGACUCGUCGGGAACAGGCAGAUUUUUAUCGCACUGUGUCUUCGUUUGGGGUGGUCUAUGACCCGGAGAGGAAAACCUUCGACUGGUCCCACUUCAGAGCUCUGGCUCGACUGGAGAGAAAGACAGACGAGAGUUUGGAGAGAUACUUCAACUCUUUUGUCAACAUGUGUAGGACGGCCUGCAAACUGCCUCAGAGGAAGGAAGAAGGUACUGUUUAGAUUUUUCUUGUUUUAUAUUUUAGUUUAUCCUUCAGGAUUGAAUUAUUUUUGUUUCUGUUUUCUGCAGCCAUUUAAUCUUCAGGCUGUUGGACAAAUAUAACCGUUACACAUGGAGUAGUUCUUGCACACCCCUUGCCUAAAUCUCUCUCUCUUAAACCCUCUUCCUGCCUCUCUCUGCUCCCAUGUGGAUAUUGAUUGUCUCCCUUUUGUUUCCUCCAGGGUUGGUGGAUCCCUCGGUGCUCGUGGAGCCUCUAACUGAAGAGCGUGCAGCGAGGACGUUAUACCGCAUCGAGCUGCUGCGCAAGAUCAGAGAGCAGGUGAGCUCUUCUUAUACAUGAUUCCACGAGUCCUACAAGUUUUCAUUUGUACUAUUACCACUCAAACUGACUUUAGAGUAUGCUUUAAAAAAGAUUCCCCUUAUGAUUGGUUUCCUUUGGUGGCUAAAUAAGAGAGUGACACUCAGAAGCUAGUUCAGGCAAGCACGUCAAGUUUGAAAACUGAAAUUUACACAAACAUGGAUGUGUUCAGGGUGGGAGUCUUUAUGAGCCAAGGCAAUUUUAUACUGUUGUGUCGAUGUGGGACAGAGCUGGAGCAGUUUAUAAUUUCAUGACGAGGGUUUUAUAGAGAUCAAAAAUUUGACCUCAUAAAUACUCUAUCCAUAUCAAAGCAAUAGACGCUCAUUUCAAAAUUCUUCACAAAAAUAUCCUGAUAACUCUUUAAUUUCAAAAUUAUGGAUGUGGACAGCGCUUUUAUUAAUUCUUUUUUUGUGCAUGCUGGUAAAACUCUAAACCUUCUGUAAUGUAUUGUCGCAAUGCAAUACUGGUUGGACCUGUGUUCUCAUAUCUUUCCCUGAAAGAUGUUAAUUAUGAAAAUAUGAACAAGCGUCUUCGGUAUUUAGUUUUUUUUUCAUUUAUUGGGAAAAUAUUUUAUUAAUAAGCAAUAAAAUUCAGCCUCCAAGCUUACAUUUCCUCAUUUUUUAGUUAAAUUUAAUUCACUUAAUAAAUCCGUAGGGUUAGGGUUAGCCCUGGUUAAAAUAUAAAAAUAAAACAAUAUUCAGAUCACUAUGAAAUGCUAUUGAUGUACUCCUUGGCAUUUGAUGAAAUUAAUGAUUACAGAGAUUGAUAAAUACAUCUAUGUGUUUAUAUAACAAUAUUGUAUUAUGCUUUUAAUUUUUUUUGAUUAUUUAUUGAAUUUUUGUUUUUUAUAAAAUCUUGGAGGUAUACUCUAUUAAUGAAUUUACUCUAUAUAUUGACUUUUUGUUUUUGUAUUUGUGAAACAGUUCUUAUGUAUUGUGUUUUGUGUAAGUGUUUGACAUCAUUUGUAAAGAACUGACCUUUCGCAAAAUCAUGCCCUCAAAUGGUCACUGUCCUAUCACACAGCCUAGCAACCAUUACUAUGUAAGCGGGGUCCAACAAGCCGCAGACCACUAGUGAAAUGGUGAACCAAUGUGCCCACAGGUUGUGCAAGUUAGAUACUUGGUACCCUAAGAGUUUGGCUGGGGGAGUCAUUUUCUUUCCCUUUCCAUAGCUGCAAACACAGAAGGAGCAUUGCCUACAGUGGAUAAAACAGUGUGAAAGGCCCCACUCCCAGCUAAAUAUCACGAAAAUAAACAAGCAUAAAUACGUCUGCUCCAAUGGAAGGCUAAGCUAGACUGACGCCAUAGCUCACUAACGUUGUUUUAUCAGUUUAGAUGGAAGUUUAACCUAGCGUCCCAACAGACACUUAAAACUUACUUUGUUUUUUUAUCUUUCAUGUAGCAUUUUGUAAUCAGGGAGCCUACUCCUAAAUAUCCCAACCCUGUACUUGCUGUAAAAGUGCCUAACAUGAAUGUAAGAAUGUGUUGUCACCAUGGACUAUAAGUAGCUUGACACCUUACAUUCAUGCUACCUUCACAAUCAAAAGAGACAUUUUGGCAUAAAAGAGGAAAAAAAUAUGUGGAAUUUUAAAACAUUUUUUAGCCUUAUGAAGAUGCUAGCUGGCUUAUUAGCCGUGUAGGUUUAUUGGCUGUGCUAAUGCACUCACAGGAGGAUGUGGACACAGAUAAAUAUAUUUUAACAAUACUGGGCUAAGAGAACUUACCUGGCAGUGAAAAAACAUGUCUGGUCCACCAGGCUGUGCUCGUUGCAUUUGAGGAAGAAUUCAUGGGGUUUCUACGUUUUUGCCAUUGACCGGUGUGCUUUAGCCUUGAUAGUAGUAGUGUCCCCUUCGUUACUUAUUUUAAUAUUAUGAAUAUAAUCCUCCACUGCAUAUUGCAAACCCCUUUUGCCUUGGUUGUGAGGAUAUCGCACAGGUAUUACUUCAAAAAAUGUCACUGACAGGCACUGAAAUACUUCUCCCUGCCAUGAUAGUGUGCCGACAGUCUGUCAGCUCCAAGAAGCUUGACGGACCUAGCAACAGUAACUAAGUGGGCGUGGCUUUGCGAUUUGUCGAUUGUAUUUAAAUAAAGUUAAAAAAAAAAACACCAGCGAAACAUUCCGGAAAGUUAAACAUAAAUGCCCUUUAGAAUGUGGAGUCUCUAAAUAUGAGCUGAGGAACUGAAAUUAGUGAUAUCAACUGGAUACAAUUACUGUGAAGAAGACACUUUAGAGGGAGUUAACAUUUCUACAACCUUAACAUUUGGUACGAUUUGAUGGAGGAGGAAGAGGAGAAAAAAGUCCAGGAGGUGGUUUAUACCAAGGUCCCACAGCCUCACAGAGAAAAUACUUACUGUCUGUCUUAUCAGAGACACCCACUGAGAAAGGGCAGAUAUGAUUACAAAGACCAGAUCCAGGAGUUACAAGAAAGGCUGAAGGAGGAUAGAAGGGCCAUGUUCAGGAGUGAACAAGAGGUCUGAGAGGUGUUUCAGAAGAACUGAAACACCUGAAUCCUUCUUGUGAAUUAUCAAAGGACUCCUCAGAGUACAAAUACAAGACAAAGGAGGAGCUGAUUGGUGUCAUAUCAGCUCUAAACCAAAAGCUCCACAAAGCUAAAGAUGAUCUGAAGAUGGCUGACACAUUGAGUAAAGAGAAAGAGGCUCUGGCCUGCAAAUUACACAGCAGCAACCUGGAGCUGUCUUCCUCUUAAAAAAGACAGGAGGAAGAAAUUCAGAGGCUCCAGGAGGAGGUCACAGAGCUUAAAACUGAAAAGGACCACCAAAUGGGGAAGGCUGACAACCUCAAAAAUCAGCUAGAACUAGAGGAAGUCAGUCAGAAGUUUUUGGAGGCCUACAAUGAAGGCCUAAUGAAAUGUCUGAGUGAAGAGAGAUUCUCUAAAGAGAGAGCUGGAGAUCCUGAAAGAAGCAUCCUUGAACAGGCAAAGGUCAGACAAAGGAACCAACACAGAGCCCUUCCUAUCAGCUGGUGAGGAGGAUGCUGCAGAAACGAUCCAGACUGCAGAAGACAAGAUAUCGACAUGGAGGAGAUUUAAGAAAUUCAUAACUCUAAAACAUCGCUGCCAGUUCAAGCAGCAAAGAAGGCUCAAUAUGGACCAACCACCCUAACCAACCUAUCCUCCCCAACUAACCCAUCCACCUCAACCUACCUAUCAACCUUAACCACCCUCGCCAACCCUUCACCACCCCUCACCCCUCCCCCCACCCCACCCCCCUUCCUCUCCCAGAGACACCACCUUACCGUGGUGGAGAGAUUUGUGUAUCCCAAUGAUCCCAGGAGCUAAGUUGUCAGGGGCUCUAUGCCUCUUUCAGGGUCACCCAUGGCAAACAGGUCCUGAGAGAGGGAUCAGACUAAGAGUAGCUCAAAUAGACUCCUUAUGACAAGUUUGAUAAUUGGUGUUUCCCUCGCCCAGACACAGGUUACAGGAAUUGAGUAAACUGAUAAAAUUAUAUUUUCCUUUUCUGGUUGAAUUCCUGUGGAACAAAGUGAUAUAUUUUCAUACUGUUAUUUGUUUGUUUUUUUGUACUAUGGUGUUUUUGAGUCAAAUACUGUGUUUUCAAAGUGUGUUUUAAUAGGAUAAAGUUAAAGCUUCUACAUGUAUGAAAGUUUGGGACAAAUCAAAGUACAGGAUUUAUCACUGAGAGUUUUAAGAGAUUAAUUAUUGUCCAUUGAGCUACAAUAAGUAGAAAUGUAAUAAACUUAUCUAAUAUGUGCAAACGAGGAAAAAAGGGAGAUGGAUUUCAGACAGCACAAGGACCAUUUGGGUCAAGUGCUGGUAUAAACAUAUAUCUAGACAAAAACUAGCGUGGCCAACUCUGCUGCAUUUCUUCUGCUUAAAAUACUUGAUACAGAUCGAUACAGCAAAAUAUCAGAGUCAGCCAAACUAUUGCAAGUUGUCUCCUCUUCCAUAUCACCAUUAGAUUCUGGGAAAACAUUUUUGCAGUUUGUAAUAAGGCUAGUGUGCAAAACAAAUGGAGGCAGAGAUUGGCAAUCCAAGCAGAAACAGCCUCCAGUCCUGGGAUGCCAAGAGCUCAAAUAACUGUUAAAGAGUAGAUACAUUUAAAACAUUAACACAGCAUUCACAAUGGCCUCCUUUAGGACGUUAGAUCACGUACAGUAAAUAUACACUGUGAGUAUAAUCCUCUUUGGCUUAUAGGUCAUUAAUGAGAGUAAAAAAUGUAAGAGAGUGAAAAAUCUCACCCUGUCAGGAUUCUACUUUGUAUUGUUUACUUUAUAUGAUCUCUGACAUAUUAGGACUUGUCCUUGAUUGCCCUGUUUUACCUUUGAAGGUCAUUAACAGGUGUCAGUGUUGAUCUGAGUCUGUUUAACAGGAGGUUGAAUACAAACACUUUCUUUACCCUUUAUAGACCUUGAAACUCUUGCAGAAAUGGUUACCAGGGUUGCCAGCCUCUGUAAACAUUGCUCACAUGAAAGCCAACCGAUCAUGAAACUGCCAUGACUUAAAAUAAUGUGACUGAUAAUGACUUAUUCAGUCAGCUAAUGAAAGUGCAGACAAUGCAGAAAGACAAAACAAAACAGAGGCUGCAAUCAGCGAUGAACUGGCACUUGUGUCUCUGUGCAUGUCAGGAUCCUGUGCACAUCAGGAGGGGGCAAGUGUUGGGCUGCUGUAAAGGCUGUUUAGUGUGUAGACAUGAUGUAAAAGCACAUCUUUUUCAGGGAAGCAUACAAUACACACUGCCCCCACCUGCAAGCUCUGACCAUAGGGUUUAAGAUACUGUCUCAUUGAGUGAUGAAUUCAAGCCAAGACACAGGAUAUAAACAGAAUUCUGCUGCUGCAGUGAAAGUUUGAAACAACUUGAGUCAUCUGACUGAAAAAUCUACAGUUUGGUCAGAAUUCAAAGUCAAAGAGCAACCCUAAUAUUUCAUCCUGACUCUCCAUACCUGGGAUUCUCCACAGGGUAAACAUCUCCAGGGUCAGAUGAUCAUUUUCCAUCCUGUUUCCAUCACACAAAAAAUAUCAGUUGUUUAGUACAUUCUCACACCACAUUCUCUAUAGAAUGAAGCAUUUGUUAAAAAAGAGGAGAAACUCUGCUGAUAUGCCUUUGAGAAGUUAACCCUUUUAACCCUAAAUGACACUGUUUCUGCCUGGAUUAUUUUGCUUACUUUAGCCGUAAAAUUGGCAGAAAAUGUCCUAUGAGUGAGUGCUGUCUUCAGUCUGGAGUAGAUGUCUUCAGUCUGCAGCAGUGACUCAGGCUCUUAUCGCUGCCAAAGUCCUUAAAAAAUGGAAGUGGAUCCACUGAGAGUUUGUGUUUUUGGCUCUGAUUGUUGUUUUUUUGCCCUCACCCUCUCACUCUGUCCCUCUGUUUUAGGUUCUCCGUCACCCACUACUCUCUGCCCGUCUCCAGCUGUGCCGGCCCUCCCUCUACCUUCCCGUGUGGUGGGAGUCUGGUAAACACGACCGGGACCUCCUCAUUGGAGCAGCACGCCACGGCUUGAGCCGGACAGACUUUUACAUCCUGAACGACCCCCAGCUGAGCUUCCUGGAGGCUCACAGGAACUAUGUCAGGGGUCACCCCACCCACCUUCACGCUCAGAGUCAUCAUCAUCUGCACCACCCAGGGUUAACGACUCAUCCCAGCAUCUCGUCUUCAUCAGCGUCCUCCUCGUCUCACCCUCAGCUGCCUCACCCUCACUGCUGCCUCUACGACUCCAGUUUGGGUCAACACUCCCCUCAACCUCCUGAAUACCCCCACCAGUCCUCCCAUCCCCACCACCACCAGCACCACCAUGUUCCUCCGUCUACUCCCUCUCCUUCCUCCAUCUCCUCCUCUCACCCUCACCUUCACCCUCCACCUCCUGCCUCACCCAGCCUGGGUAUAGUCACUGGUCCUCGGGGGGAUUUCCUGGACUGUGCCCCUCUAGAUGAGACUCUGGAGCUGGGUUCUCUGCACCAUGACUCCCUGUCUGCAGACAGUUUACACGGAGGGAAAACAGCCAAAGACGCCCUCAACGGUUUCCCCUUUAACUCAGCUGCUGGAGGUCAGAGUAUGCUCAACUCAUACGGAGUAGGGGGAGCUGACCUGGACUCCAAACUGAGGAGUGACGUUCUGGUUGGGGAGCAGGGAUCCUCUGAGGAAACAGGGCUGAUGGCGCCAUUGGUGGAGCUGGACCAGUUGCAGGUAAAUACUGUGAUUUGGAUGUAUUUAAGUCAGAACUACCCGAGUAAAAAAAAUAUUACUCAAGUGAGGUUUGACAGUACGGUACUAUUUUGGGAGCUCCCUACUCUUCUGUGGAAGGUAAUUGUUUGGAUCCCUGCAGGCUCCCUGGGACAGCACAGACCACUCCAGUCCAGCCAACCACAUGUUCAAUGAAUCUGAUCCCAUCCUUGGUCCUUCUACUCUGGAGGCCGGUUUCCUUGAGGAGGAAGAUGAGGAGGCGCAGGGAGGAGACAGAGGAGGGGAGGAAGGUGGGACUUUGGAGGAGUGUCUAGGCCUCCCUCCUUCCACCUCUCCCUCUCAUCCGUCUGCAGGAGACUCUGUGGAGCCGCUGAGCUCCAGCUACAUGCUUUUUAAGGUGGGUUUAUGUUGCCUCUGCCAUGAGAUGGACUGACAGUGGCUCACAGCGCGGCUGUGAGGUUUUCACAUCCAGUCUGAAACUUGGAGUGAUGAAUUUGUUCCUGUUUGAUGAUUUCAGGACAUCAGUGUGAGCGAGGAACCCAGUGCAGAUCAAACCGACCUGUCAGCAAGCCCCCCUCCACCCUACGUUCCCCCUCCUCCUCUUUCUCUGUCCGACAUCACCGCCCACGAUCCACAGGAUAGGCUGGACGCCUCUGAUGUCACUGAGAGUCUGACUAAUCCUGUGGAGGAAGAGGAGUGCCAGGAGGGAGGCACCGGCUUUGAGUUUGACGACAAGGAGGAGGAAAAUAUGGAGGAUCUGCAGCCAGAGAGUGAGCAGCGGGAGAAAGAUCGGAGUCUGGAUGGAGAGGAGGGCGAGGAUCAAGGUGGGUGAAAAUCACAGAGAAUUCAUGUGUUUUCUUUCCUGAUCCAAAUUCCUCUGAGCAUCUCUGUGUUUUACUCUCUCAGGUGCUGGUCCAGGUCUGGGAGUCCUGAAUCCUCCCAUGGAUUUACCUCAGAUGGAUGGGAUUGAAGCAGAGCAGGACCGAGAAGAGCAGGAGGAGAGGAUGGAGGUCUCAAGUCAACUGUCUCAAGACCUCCAGGAGAACUUUGAGCACAAAGAGAGUUUACCACAGAGCAUGCAGCCGUUUCUCGGAAAGCUGGAUGCAUGUCCUGGGUCUAUUGAAGUUCCCGGAGAGAGGGUCGAUGGGCUGAUUUUGGAUCCAACAGUGGCAGAAGAGACGAUGGAAAACUCUCUGGACUCUGAAACAUUAAUGGGUGACACAAUGGGAGAGUUUGUGCAAGAUCCAGAGAUUCCCAGAGAGGGUGGUCCCAUGGUUUGUGCAGAGCUUGCAGAUCAGGUGGAUGAGAUCUCUGAAGGGCAGAUGGACCAUGUCUCUCUUGUGCAUGCUCCUCCAUGUGAGGAAGCGAUUGUAAAACAACUUGAAGUCAAACCAAAUGACGGGGAGAAGGAGGGCAUUUACUCAGAGUACGCACCAGCUCCCUGUACCUCUGUGUCAGCCUCUUCAGCAGCAUCGAAGUCUGAGGACAUCUCCUCCAAGAGAGCAGCUGAAAUCAAGACUGCAAUCUCCACAGAUCAGGGGAACUACGAAGGCCCAGCUGAAGAUCUGAACUUUAAAGACUGUAAAAACAGAAACCUGAUGUUCUCUGAGGAGCAGGACAGCAAGGACAAUCUGCAAAUCAAAGUUCCCCCUGAUAUCUCUGCAGGCCUGGAUGAAAAACCUCCUGAUCUUCAGUUUUCUCUGUUACCAGACCAGGUCAGUGAGAAAAAACCAGAGGGGCUGGAGCUGCCUAUCAAGGUGGAGGAAACCAAGAUGGAGAUGUUUGAGGAAGUCUACCCCGACAGCUCUGAAGUCAAACAUGAACUUUCCUACCCGGUGAAGUCAGAGGACCCAGUGACCAAAUCUGAGCAGGUGGACUUUCCUGUCAAAGCAGAAACCAAAUCUGAAGACCUCAACCUUCCCUUAAAGCCUGAGAGCGAGGACAACAAACCUGAAGUCCUCCAGUUUGCAGCAUUUCCAGAGGUCAAAUCUGAGGCCAAACCAAUCAUACUUGGAUUUGCAACAUUUCCAGAUGGGUCCAAACUCAAGACGGAGACUAAACCAGAGAGCCUGGAGUUUCCAACAUAUCCAGACAGCUCUGAGAUCAAACCUGAGGUCAAACCAGACAAUCUGGAGUUCAGACCUUUACCUGAGAUCAAGUCUGAGACCAAACAGGAGCUGCUGGAGGCCGACAGCACAGUCCUGACCCCGAAACUGGAGCCAGCAGACGGGCUGGUGGAUGCCUCAGGGAAUCUGAUGGUGAAGGGACAGGUGAAGGAGGAGAGGCCGACCACACCAGGUAAGAAUGUUUCCAAGUCUGGUAAUCAUCUUCAGCUUAAAGCACCCAAUGAAACCUCCAACUCUUGUUUUAAACUAUAUAAUGACAUGAAAAUCAGCGUCCUGGGACUCACUCGGACCCCAAACACUCCAAGGGGGCUCAGUUUCUGGAAGUCUGAAAGCAAAAUAUUGUUUCAUUCUUGGUUGGAUUUAAGUUGUAGAGAAGAGAUAGUUUUGGGGUCUCCUCUGGUGUGUUUUCAUUAUGCACCAAAUAUUUUUAAUGGGGGGCAGAUCAGGACACUUCUACUAUAGAGCCACACUGUCUUGUUACCCGCAGACAGGUUCAGUCAUGCAGGAUGGCCCAGGUCCAAAUGCGACCUGAGGCUCUUUGCUCUGAUUUUUCCUCACUUCCAGUUCCCCACUCUAUCUACCAUCCCAUCUCGUUAUUUUAUAUGGUGGUUAUGGUGGUCCUCUCUUCCUCAGUACCCGUGUCGGAGAGUUACGUGGUAAGUCCGAGGUUUGCGGCCCCGAUAUCCAUGUGUGAGAUCUCUGACAGCCUCCAUGACAGCAGAGAGCCGACAAUCGCCCAGCUUCUGCAGGAGAAAGCUCUCUACUCCUUCUCUGAGUGGCCAAAGGUACACUAGAGUUAUUUCUAUGAAAAUGUAGAGCGAUGUGUGUUUUACACUUGAUUAUCAAAACGGUUAUCAAGUUAGAAGACCGUGUGAUUUUGUGAGCGUGGAGACAUUAGAUGUUCAUUUUUAAGAUGAUCCAAUUAAAUUCUCUGUUUUCUGCUUUUGUAUCACAGCCAUCAUCUAUGUCAUCAUAUCAUGGAUUCAGACGGUGACUGUUAUUUUGUUUCAUGUAGGACCGUGUCAUCAUAAACCGCCUAGACAGCAUCUGUCACGCCAUCCUGAAAGGAAAGUGGCCUUCAUCUAGCGAGCAGUAUGACGCCCCCACCCACCUCUCUGCUAACUCCUGCCUGGCCAACAGUUUAUCACAACAGCAGCAGCAGCACAGAGCUGCUUUCCUCUCCACAACAGCCUCCAGCUCUGUCCCAGGACAGUCCAGGGUGCAGCAGGCCAGUCCUGGUCUGGGGUUCUCAAUCCCGCCUCCCCUCACAAGACUCCCCAAGGUGAGAAUAUCUCUCUUACCUGACGACUGAACUUCCUGUGUUUCAAAUAUCUAUGCAUCUGUCAUCUGUCCACAUGUAUCUUCUCUCGAUCACACCAUGGUUCAUACAAGAGGUGUCGGCCAGUCCAGCAACAGCAGCAGGACUCUCACUGAUGUGAAACACACAAACUGGUUUGGCAGUCUCUCUCAUGUCAUGGUUAUUCUUGUGAAAAUCUUUACCCUUUAUAUUUCACCACAAAAUAAAAAUACAACAACCAAAGCAAACCUGAAAUCUUGGUUUCAGGUGGCUCAGGACACCUCUGGUCUACCAUCGCUCUGUUGAGUUUUCUGUCUCUAGACUGUGAACUGUUAUACUUACAUGUUAAUAACAGACUAGGGCUGUCACAGUAAACAAUACUAACAAUAAACAUCUUUGAAAAUGAAUGAAUCAUUGAUCACCUGUUGAAAAUAAGUCUAUGUCUACUCUGUGUGCUGGCUGCCAAAGAAGAAUCUUACCACAACAAGCGGUCAAACCCUAAAAAAUGGCUCAUUUAUACUUUCUAGUUGUAUUCGUCCCUGUUUUCAUUCGGCUGUAUUAAUUACAAUCUACUGAAAGUGCUUAAUUUCAAAAUAAAAGCAUAUAUAUUCACUUUCUUUGUCCAGACAAAUGACAAGGUAAAAAUGUGAUAUUCAGGCAGCUUUAAAAAUCUGUCUGAAUUUCUCAUCACAGUUUGGGAGUUUAGAGACUGUCGAGCAUCUGUGAACUAUUUGAUAUUCAUCUUUCAUACCAGGGAAUAGAGAGUAAUUAUGAGGGCUGAUUGUUUUUCUCUGAGGAUGUUGCUCCUAAAACAUUUGGCUGCAGAAGGACCGACAGAUCUAAACUUCUUAUAUCACUUUAUAUUUGACUGUAACAGGGAGACAAACCGUCUCACAGUCAAUACUGUCUGUAUUGUAAAAACAUGCUUUUAUUUUGAAAUAGCGUAGGUGUUGCUGCUGGUAGUUUCAGAGUCACUGAACUGAAUGAAAACAGCAAAAGAAAACCUAGAAGAGAGAAAAAUUUUAGAAUAUAAGUUAAAAAAGUGACAACCAUUUUUUAAAGGGAUGCUAUAGCUAGCUGUUGCUGCUUCUUCAUCUUAUUUUUAGUUUACAGCAGAUGGUGAGGAACAACUACCGCCCCCUCAUGUCAACCAAAGAGUCAGACCAUAUUUAAAGGAAAAAUAAUGUGCACAUUUCAUCCUUGAAAAAGAUGUAUAUUGUCGGUAUAGUUUUUUGUAACAGCCCUACCACCUAUGUCAUAGUUUGAGACGUUCUGAUUGGUUGUUGAGCUUGUGUUUUCCUGGUGUUCGGACGUCUGUGUGUGUUGUGUCUCAGUCCAUAUGUGUGUUUAACAAUCCACCAUCUCUCUCCCAUUCCUGUCUACCCAUCACCCACCCUGUCCACCCUGACAGUACAUGCCACGGGGCGGGGCAUGCGGGCGCGGAGCUUGGCGCCUCACCUCCUUGCCUCUCUUACAGGAGAGGCUGGUGGCCCCGCCCUACCUCCCCGAGCUCAAACGAGCCGGAGGGCGGAGGUCAUUCGACUAUGAAGCUGCAGCUGCAGCAGCUGCAGCCAAAGUCCUAGCAGGGAAACCAGCACCUUCUGCCACCACCACCAGCUCGAGUGGUGUCGCUCCUGUGGUGGCCCCGCCCUCUCACCGCACGAGCGCCAUGUUGAUUAAUGGUUGGCAGGAAACAGCCAUUGAUCUGACCAAGUCCUCCGGAGAAAUCAGCACCACAAGCGGGGCGGGAGAAGCUGUGGUUGCUCCAGGAGGAGGUCAUAAGCUGCCUCCACCGCCCCCAAUCACCGCCCCACUUUCAGGAUCUGUGGGCAUCGACAUGGCGGGGAUCCUGCAGGCGGGGCUUAUCCACCCUGUGACAGGACAGAUCGUCAACGGGAGCCUGAGAGGAGAUGACUCUCUGAGGAGGAGGAGGGGCAGGAGGAGAAAUGUGGAGGCUCUGUACUCUGAGUUCACCAAGAACAGAGGACUACACCUCCCCGACUCACAGGUGGGUGGAGGAAGGUGUGAGACUGUUGUAUGUGACCACACCCAGUGCAUUGUGGGUGAUGAAAACAGACCAGAGAUCCUUGUAGAGGUUAAAGAAUCUGUCUGUGUGUGUGUGUCUUCCUCCCUGCAGGGCCGUGUGGAGGUGAUCAGCCACUCCUCCGUCUCCUCCUCCACCUCCUCGCCGUCACCCUCUCCUUCAGAGCGACCUGCUGGACCCCCAACGCCGUCCUCCUCUUCUACACCUACCCCCACCCAGACGCCUCCUCAGCCGGAGAUCGUGGCCAUCGACAGAGAGGCGGCGAGCAAAGGUCUGAUCGAGUGGCUGAGACAGAACCCGGGGUACAGCAUGGACAUCCCUACCUUCUCUCACGUGAGGAUGCUGAUUGGCUGUUUUGAAAAGAGGAGCCUUCAUCCCGCUUUCACUAUGAUCUAUAGAUUUUGUUCACAUAGAUUUUUACUCUCUAAGGUCUGUUUUAGCACCGCAAGUUCACCCUUGAUCUCCCUUUCUUUAGUCUGGUGCCAGUGUGUUACAUGGUUUCGUAGAGCGUCCGAAGCAGAGGAGGCAUCGCUGUAAAGACCCGACCAAGCUGGACAUCAACACCCUGACCGGGGAGGAGAGGGUUCCUGUCGUGCACAGAGGCACAGGACGCAGGGUGAGAAAUGCUCACAGCUCUUAGUUGAAAUAAAUCAGUUUUGAUAACAAUGGAUCUCAGUCGGCACAGGCUGCUGUUAAAUCACGGGUUUCUUUGCCUGCAGCUUGGAGGUGCGAUGGCUCCGGCCAUAAAAGAACUCUCCAGGUGGCUCGAUGCAAACGCUGAGUACUUUGUGGCUCCAGACUGGGCUGAUGUGGUCAAAACCUCUGUGAGUGGAAUCUACAAAAAACUGCGUCUUCAAGUUUUUUAAAUUCCUGAUCAAGAAAAAUAUAUUUCCUGUUUCAUAAUAAUCCCUUAACUCAUGACUCUAAAUUCGCUUUAAACUCCUGACCUUUGACACCUGUGCUCUCCUUCUCUUCCUGCAGGGUUUCCUUCCUGAGGGGAAGUUCUCUCGGAUCUUAACAGAACCAGUAAACAGAGAUCCAAGCUCUCGGCGCCGUGGGCGGCGGCCUCGCAGUGAGAUGCCUAAGCCCCUCCUCUCUGUCUCAGACCCCGCCUCCUCUGCCCUGGGCCCCCCCCUCUUUAUGAAUGGGGGCUUAAUCGGCAGCAUGGACUCCAUGGUAGCCAUGCAGAACCUCAGAGGCGGGAUUCCUGGAAUCCCUAUCUCUGGGAUUAUGGCGGCUGGAUUCCCUCACAGUUUCCCUGCAGCCGUGCAGGCAGGCGGAGCUACGGCGUCAGCGGAGGACGCCAAGAACGGGCUCAGUAUGUUACCCAUGAUGCUUCACGGCAUCCCGCACCCCCAUGGGGCUGCAAUCCCACAGCAUGCCUUGUUUAGCGUCAGUGCAAUGAUGGCACACGCACCACCACCUCCUCCUCACCCCAGCUCCACCACCUCCUCCUCUUCCUCCUCCUCAUCUUCUUCCUCUUCUUCUUCAACAUUGCCCACAGCAAAGGUUACCACGACAACCACAUCAUCUACAUCCGAGGCAGCGAGCCCCUCAUCGACAACACCCGCCGAGAGGGAGAGCUCCACCUCCUCCAGCUCUGCUGGGGGAGAAAAGGAGCGAAGCCGGGAGGAGAAAGGAGCAACAGACACGAGCAAGAGAGCCGGAGGGACAGAGCCUGCGGCCAUCAUCACCUCCACCAGCAGGGCGCAGUUCACCUCUGCUCACCUGGGAGGCGGAGGCGGCAGCCAUCUUACCUUCAACCCAUUCUUGAUCCCCAGCAUGUCUCACGGCCUGCUGUACCCCCACAUGUUCCUGCCACAUGGGGGCAUCAUGGCGCUCCCUGCCAUGCCCCCCGGGGCAGUGGACAGCUCCCCAGGGAGCCCCAAGAGAAGAAGGAAGAGAGGGCGGGAGGAAGGGGAGAGAGAGGAGGAGAGGGAGAAACCAGAGAGAGAAAGUACAGUUAAAAUGAGUGUUUCCUCCUCGUCCCCCUCCCUCCCCUCCACCUCUGGCCUCCCCCCAACUGAGGAGCCCCUCGCUGGGCAGGGGGAUGCUGAAGAGGGGUCUGCAGAGCCCCAGGAACCAGACUCCCAUCAGCAUCCGGAGGGAGCACCUACAGAGGAGAAGGAGGGGGGAUCAGGGGACACAGAAGGGGAGGUGACGGGGGAGGAGAAGCAGGACACUGAGGAGCAAAGACAAGAGGAAGGAGGAGAGGCGUAG